AUGUCCCCACAAGCAACCAUCGUGGAGGAUACCUGCUUGGGGCCACGUUCAACAUCUCCACGUCCCAACUCAAGGUCGUCAUCGCCAGGAGCAAAGCGGAAGUACCCUUGCCCCGAGCUCUACGGGAGUCAGCAACCUUGCACUUCUCCACGGCAAUCGAGGACCCCCUCUCCGCAAGCCUCUCCCCAGGUCCCCUUGAGAGAAGACGGCUCUUCGAUCACUUACACCCAGUUAUCCACCUCUUCUAGCCUCAUGGAUGCAAUGAGCAACCUCACUACCGAUCCCUCUUGCGGAGUCCCGACAAAAAUAUGGAGAACCAGCCCGGAACCUUCGCCGAUGUCUUCCCACAAAGCCAGCAUGCCGUGUCACGUUCUUCAGCCUAUUGAAUACAUUGGACCUUGCGAGCAGGAUGAUCGGAGGAACCCACCACCUGAGUCUAUCUUAUUAGUGCCGCCAUCUUGGCCAAAGCAGCUGAUGCCUGCAAUACCUAUCUGCAGGUAAGCUUGCAUGUCUUGUGGUCACUCUUUCUAACAGGUCUGAUAGAAUUUGUUCCUGAUAGCCCAAACCUCCAUUAUGCACAUGUGUGGGAUGGCCUGCCUUUGCCUACUUUCUAAACAAUAACUACCACCGUGAUACGCAAGGAAAUUUUUUAAAUAAAAGGCUCUUGCAAUACAGGACCUCUUGUUUGGGUUGCCAGCCAGUUAUUAUGUUAUGGAUGCAUCCAGAAAAAUGCAUUCUGAUAUGUAGCCAGUCAUUGGGAGAUGUCAUGUCCACCAAACAUGGGAUGCUAUCAAGCUAAAUCACUCCAGGAGUAGACCCAUUGAAAUCAUUGGUCCAUAUAGCUCCAUACAGACUGAAAUCUCCAAAUCAGGAGACAUGCCUAGUUUCAUUUGUGGAUGCUGAAGAUUGAACCAGGGAUCUUCUGUAUGCAAAACAGAUUCCCAGGCUUUUCCCAAGUAGGAAUACAGUAGUACCUCUGGUUGCGAACAGGAUCCGUUCCGGAGGCCUGGUUGCAACAUGAAAAGAGUGCAGCCUGAAGUACCGUAUCUGCGCAGGUGCGCAGUGCGAUUUGGUGCUUGUGUGCAUGCGCGAAGUGCGAUUUAGCGCUUCUGCGCAUGUGCAAGUGGCAAAACCCGGAAGUAACUCUUUCCGGUACUUCCGGGUUGCCACGGGACGCAACUUGAAAGAACAUAACAUGAAGCAAACGUAACAUGAGGUAUGACUGUACUUGAUGCACCAAUCAUCUAACUUGGUAUAAGGCAGUCUCAUAUCUCUCUAAACUGACAAUAAGUGUACAUUGCUGCUCUUGUUUGUCUUUGUGCACGUACCAGCCCACCUCCAAACAGUAGAAAUAAUUUGCUAGAGGUAAAUUUUUACCAGGGACCUGUUUCAAAGGGUGGAGAUAUUAGCAAACAUAUGAUUUUAAUGAGAUACUGAGAAUGUGGGGAUAGAGCACUUAGGCAGACAUAAGAGAGGAGUUUGUAACUCUUUCUGUACCCACUAAUUCUCCCUUUCAAGUGUUUCCCCCAGCUAGCAUUCACUGAGCUGGACUUAAUUGUUUUCAGAGGAAAAAAAUCGUUUACGCAUGUCCAGCGGAAGCAUUUGCGAGGAACAAGGCUAAAGCAUCUCUGCUUGCCCACUAAUUUCUCCAGUCAGUGUUGUCUCUUCCCCCUCCCUGCAUUAGUGCAGUCAAACAUAAGAGAGGCCUUGCUGGAUCAGAUCAAAAGCCUAUUUACUUCAUCCAGCAUCCUGUUUUCCACAGCAGCCAACCAGAUGCCCCCAGGAACCCGUAACACAGGGCAUGAAGUCAACAGUCCUUUUCCUACUGCCUCAAAAUCUGGAGGCUCCAUAAAGUAAUUGUGAUCCAUAGUCAUUGACAGACCCUGUGCUAAUUCUCUGAGGGAAGGCGAACCCCUCCAUUUAUCUUAAUGGAGGCUGUGCACCCUGACCUCUUUUGAAAGAAAGAGAAAAGCCAACCUGCGUUCCAUAAUGACGUUCUCCAACUUAAUGUCCCUCUUUUCUGUCCAGCAUUCCUGUCCACUCCCUCCCACCACUUGAAUGGCCCCUCUCCAGUCAUUCUGGCUCUUACGAGCUGCGGAUUGAAGUGCAGCCCAAACCCCACCACCGUGCCCACUAUGAGACGGAAGGGAGCCGAGGGGCAGUCAAAGCGCCAACAGGGGGGCACCCCGUGGUCCAGGUAAGAUCUUGUUCUUGGAGAAGAUGAACUGUGACGGCUUCUUGAUAGCUCUGCGCCUCUUGGCAACCUGCCAUAGCACCACAUUGUUUGGGAAAACAAGGCUAGUGCAACAUAUUUAUAAAAGGUGUUUAUGGAUAGCAGACAGUAGUCUCCUACUGGUCUGGGAAGAUAUAGUUCUAUCCACUUUACAAAUACUUGGAGGCCAGGCCAUGGAGUCAUUUUCCUGACUCUUGUUUUCAUUUCAUUGUUUGCACGUGUGUGUGUCUCUGUGUGAGUGUGUGUGUGUGUGUAGCACUUCAGUUUUUAUAAACUGCUUGGAGACUGCUUUUAUAUUAUGUGAUAUAUAUGAAAUAAAGUUGUACUCUUGGCCCUUCCAGGACCCAAGGUACAGUACUUAGCUCUUCCCUAUAAAACAGCCCUGGUCUAGAGACAGCUAUAAGUCAUUUUAAAUCCCUGACUUUAAGAGAAGCCUUCACAUUCAGGCAUAACUAAGGUUGUUCCAUGGUUUAUUUUUUUCAACAAUAACAAAGUUAUUGUGAGAAGAAGAAAUGGGUGCUUCUCAGGGAUUGAGAUGCUAUAACAAGGUGUGAAUAAAGCAUUUUAAGUUUCACAAACAACUCAGUAUGAUUGCCUUGAAAAUAACAGGUCUUGACUGAUGUUUUAAGAUGGAGCUGUAUCAAGAUACAAUGGAGGAGGCCCAACUCUGCUGCUUCAGCCUUUGCUGAACUUCACAGAUUUAAUAAUAAUAAUAAUAAUAAUAAUAAUAAUAAUAAUAAAUUUUAUUUAUACCCCGCCCUCCCCAGCCAAGACCGGGCUCAGGGCGGCUAACACCAGGUGUAAAAACAACUAAUUAAAUUACAACUUGGAAACAAGAUUAAAAUACAACAUUGAAAUGCAGCCUCAUUUCAGUAGAAACUCAAAAACUUUUUGGGGAGGAAAACGUCAAAUCUUCACCAAGGCCAACUAUCCAGACUGGUCCUACGUGGGCCAGAAAAAAGCCAGGGAAGUCCCCAAAUAGGAGUUCCAUCACAGAAGGAAAGAGGGAAAGGGGAUCAAGUUGAUUCCAAGCCAAAGGCCAGGCGGAACAACUCUGUCUUACAGGUCCUAAAGCACACCUUAAAUGGAGUUAGUUCUGCAUCCAACAACUUCUCCUCUGCCUUCGAACUAAUAACAUAUAUAUACCUGUCCUGUUUCCUGUUGGGUUGGGAUCACACCUUUUGCAGAAGGAGCAGCCGCUGCUUAUUUGCAUUAAAGCCCAUUGCUGUCCUUCUCUGCUGAAUUGUUUCUGACCUGCCACUGUCUUCAUCUAACUGUGAUGGGCUGUCGUGGUUAUUGAUCAAACAGUCCCAAGGAGUGCACGAUAAUAGGGUGGGGUUUUUUUGGCAGUAUGAUUGCCUUGAAAAUAACAGGUCUUGACUGAUGUUUUAAGAUGGAGCUGUAUCAAGAUACAAUGGAGGAGGCCCAACUCUGCUGCUUCAGCCUUUGCUGAACUUCACAGUGGCAUAGAAUCAUUCUGUAGAGUUGGAAUUCAGAAAGGCAGUUGGUAGUGAAGUCAACCUGCGUAUAUAUGUUGCCCUUUGUAGGGCUUGGCAGUAUAAAUCAAGCUGACAUAUGGGUGGUUUGGAGUCACUUAUCUCUCCUCCUUUUGCAAUACCUUCUUUACGCCAGGAGGAGAUUGUUUCAUUGGCCAGGGUUAGAGUGUGAUAAGAGGCGAAGCACUUCACAGAGCUGGCACUUAGUUCAAUGAGGCAUUUGAUGGCCUACUGUAAAGUUUAUGUAGUUGUAAAGUGAUAGGGCCAUGGGUUAAUUGAGUUCAUGCAUUCAUAGAAGAAAAGUCACUGAGUUCAGAGUAAGAUUUUUUUUAAUUAUCUUUUUUGCAAGGUGGAUUGAGGUUGCAGAAGUAGAGACGGGGUGUCAUGGGGAUAGUGAAGGAUCAGGUGAACUCUCUUGAGUUUCAUUGCAAGUGUACAAAUCCAGGCUGCUUUUAAUGGGAGAAUUCCAGCUUGGCUAGUCUAAGUUUAUGGAGGAAUUAAAUUAGGACCCCUUAGUACUAAAUAUGACAUGUGUUGCUAUGACAGGGAUCUAAAGAAGAGGCAUGAACAUGGACAUGUAAGAAGAGGCAUGAACAGCUGUGUGGUCAGCUGGUCAGCUGGACUCUUAUAGCUGCUUCCGGAUAACCUGUUUAUUGAGCGUUCUUCCUGAUUUCUUUGCAAGGAGGUUAGAUGAUGUUGUGUCAAAGCUGGAGUUAUCCCACACUUUGCAUUUCCCACCAAUUUCCUUAUUGCCAAAGAAUCUGAUCUUUUGGGGAAGAAGCAGAUUUGUUGCAUAAAAGCUUGUUGCAUAUCACAUUCGGCAGAGCAUGAGACUCUUAAUCUCAGGGUAUUGGGAUUGAGCCCCACAUUGGGCAAAAGACUCCUGUAUUGCAGGAGGUUCCACUAGAUGACCCUCCUGGUCCCUUCCAAAUCUACUGUUCUAUGAAUUGCACAAUCUGAAUUUGCCAGUAUGUAGUUGAAUCCCAUCCGAAAAUAGUGACAGUCUAGAAUUGCCCUUGACUGUACUUUCUUGCCGCAGCAGUUCCUAGUGCAUUAAAAACCAAUCUGUGACUUGUCUCCUUAGCAUUGCAAGUUGUUGAAUGGUAAAACCAACAAGCCCGGUUCUGUGUUUCUUCUGUCCUGCUCACACAUGCCUUUUUGGAUCCUGGCCAACAGAUGUUUUUAUCCCCCAAAGUAGUCUAAGUUUCCAAGUGCAGGGAGAUUUUUUUGGGGUGGGAGAGUAUUUAGGUACCUCAAUCUCCCAUCUGCAGCACAGCACACCAAGAGCAGAAACAUGCUUAUUCUGGUGAUAGUCUAGCAUGGUUUUCAAGCUGUCCCUAAUCAGAUGUACUGAAAGGGGCACAUUGAAUCCCCAUGGAAAAGGAUGGCUGGAUGCAUCCUUUUUUAUCUUUAAGGCUAUAUAUUUGUUGCAAAUGAUUUAACACUGUGGUGUGGGGUAUGACAGGAUACUAGAAGGGUCAUCUGUCAGAAAGUUCUUCCUGAUGUUUAGUCGGAAUCUCCUUUCUUGUAACUUGAAUCCAUUGGUUCAAGUCCUACGCUCCAGAGCAGGAGAUAGCAAGCUCGCUCCAUCUUCCAUGUGCACAAUUGGGGUCCCUGAUUGCAUGGGGCACUUAAGGGAAAGUUGUCAACUCAUGCGCAGGCUCCCCCUUGCAGAUAUCCAUGCUGAACAUGUUCACAAGAUAGCUCUACACAUGUACACGAUGCAUGAAAAGGACAGAUGUAAAGUAUACACAGGAUAUAGGUUAUUUACCUAUUAAGUCAAUUUGCAUGGCCACCCAAAAACGUAUGUUUUCCAUAUGGCAUAAACACAUCAAAAGACUAAUAUACAAUGCUGAAAAUAACACAAAAGGUUAAAGACGGCUACACAUUCUCUCUAGCUCUGCUUUGCUUCUUUGACAACUGUACUUGGACAGAGAACCUUGUGGGCAUGAAUGAAUAUAAUCAAAGAUUAAUAAAUUCCAAUCCAGCGAUUUCAUUGUGUGCUUGUUUGUGUUUCCCUGUUCCUGACAUUACUUAAGAGUUUGAGGGAGGAGGUGCCCGUUCUGUUGAAUGAAUCUCUGAAAUAUGACUCUGCUUACUUUUUUCUUUCUUUUUUUUAAAGUCAUCUUUAUUUUUGUGGGAGCUGACUUUGGUCAGGGAAGGGAAGCUGCGCAGCAGUGGAUCUCAUAUCCUCCCCAGCUCUAUCUUGUGGUUUUGCCCUCUGAGGCCACUUCUUCUUCUUUGCAUGCUUGGUCUCGGGAGUUUGGCACACGCCGUUGAGGAGUAUGUGCUCACAGGGUGCUCCUAGAACACCAGAACAAUUGUCUGCCUGUUAAAGUGAGAGCCUCUGGCAGGACAAGAUGCAUUCAGCGAGGACAUGGGCUUUUGUGUGUUUAACAUCUUGUUCGAGGGCCCAGAAUAGCAACAACUGGCUCUGUGUUGAGGACAAAGGCUGGUGUUGACAUGUCGCUUCCCCUCCCCUCCCCCCACCCAGGUUGGCACAGUCACCCAAUUUGGAGAGGAUGUGGCACACAGACACAUCCUUUGCCUCUCGGUAAACUCCCGUCGAGUCCUACCAGCAGUUGUUUAGACGUUUGUACAAAGGGUAGCCCCGGGCAGCAAGCUGCUGUAAGCACAGAAAAGUAGAAGUGAACUAUGAAUGCUCAGCUGUGAUAGAUGCACUCGGCACAUGCUCAGAGGCACCUGCUUUUGUAUCAAUGAAUUCAGAUGUGCCGGGGCUGGUCUUCAUGCACUUUUAAAAGACCUGGGUCCUGAGGUUAAGGCCUGGCUCAAAUUAAAGCCUAGAAAGACGCAGAGGAAAAUAAAAAGCACACUUAACUUUUUCUACUGCGCCUCGAAUUCUGCAUCCGUAGCAAGCUGUUUAUGAAAAUAAUCCUAGACACGGGUAGAGAGGAGAGGAGGGGGUGUUUAACUGUUUCCCCAAACCAGCCCUUUUCUGCUGCAAUUGAUUUAAAACUUUUAUAUGCCAGCCUCCCCCAGGACAGAUUCGAGUGCAGUUUCUAAGCAUCAGGCUGUAACAACCAGACGAAAAUACAAAACAUUAAUAAGGCAGAACAGAUCACAUAACAGUACUUAAAUACUACAUGAAAUGCUUUGGCCUGGGACCUGAAAACUAAUAAUGCUGGUGACAGGCAAGUCACAGGUGGGGGCCGCUGCUGAGAAGGGGCAGCAGCCAAGCUACUCUCUUUAGUUGCUGCAUUAGUAUUGCUUCUGAUAGGAGAGAGACCCAGAAGAGGGCCUCAUCAGAUGAUCUUAAACAGCAUGGGCAGGAUGAUAGGGGGAAAGGCACUCUCCUGAGUCCCAUACUUUGCAGGGCUUUUAAAGCAUGCAACACCACAUUGAAUUCGGCCUGGAAGCAAACAGACAGCCAGUGAAGCUCUUUUGGGACCAGUGAAGUAUAAUUCGAAUUGUUCUCUGCCUAGCAACAAAAAUUACCCCCUCGUUCAGUGACUUUUCCAUCCCUUGGGGUUCUGGAUGGAUAUUUAGCCUUAUAACCAUGUUAUCUAGAACUCUGCUGGAUAAGAGUUGCCCCUGGAAAGUGGCAGGCUGGGGAAAUUUUGUUUGGGGAGUUUUGUUAAGGUGGUUGGGGUUGUUGCUGGGGAUUUUUUGUUGGUGGUAUCUUUAUUGUAGACCUUGCGAUUUACGUGGAAGUGGUUCAGUUUGGCUGUGUAUUUUCUGGUGUUUCUUUUACUGCCUCGGGCAUGAUUUGAACUGUGGAAAGGCGGCAUACAAAUAAAAUUAUGCGUGCAUGUUAAGCACUCACACAGCUGCUCCCCCCCCCCCCCAGCACCAUCCCUUCCAGAAGUGCUUUCCUCUAACAUGAGUCACCAUUGGGGAUUUGUUCCAUAUGUUCCCAUGUAACAUGUAAGUAGAGGACUGGAGUCACAGUGACUGCAAAACACCAGCCACUGCAGACUGCAUGCUGUAUGUUGCAUUACCCAUGCGAGUCUCAGCACUCGGUUGCAGAGUGAUGUGCAUCGGUGCUUGUGUAUUAAAAGAACAAGAGGAAGGAAGUGACAACAAUUAGAAAAGACUAAGCCCCCCCCCGCUCCAUGCACACACACACACACACACACACACACACACUUCACAAAACAUUUCACAGCAGACACAGCCUUGAUUCUUGCUUAGAACUAGUAACACAUCAUGCAGCUCCUAUGUAAGUCCCAGUGUUUAUUACUACAGGCUUCCUUCCCUGUAACUGUAUUUGUCAUGUGUCUUGCUGAGCCCUGAAUUAAUGCAGUAGACCAGAACUUUUGGUGCAAAUUAGAGGCUGGACCGUGGGUAUUAUGCAGAAAUGUUUACUCACAGGAACGCAAUGAACUCUGGACUGUGUGAAAUCCACAUUUCUCGGUUCUCUGUGUGUGACUAAAGACUAGUGUGGAAUGUAAUACCCUGAUUCUUUAACCCCUCCCCCCAGUAAUUGAAAAAGUAAAGUUCUAGUCCUCAUGGUUCCAGGGGCCAAAAAAGGACAAAAGAGGACAUGAAUUCGUGAAACUUAUGUAUAUGGUCAUUCAGAUGCAAUUAUAGAAAUCCAUUAUUGCGAUUUAGAUAGAAAGAUGUAGUCUUCCCCACUAUGGUAAAAUGUGCUGAGACAGGUGACCUGUAUCACUUUGCUACCCAGAUGCUAACUGCUGAUGGGCGACUUCAAGGCACCUUCUGUUCUUAGGGUUCUUUAUCUUAAAGUUGGACAGAUCGUCAAAUAAAGGACUUCUUUAGAUAGGCGACUAUCUUCUGACAGCCCUUCAAACGACUAUAGAAGAGGACAUGAACACUUAAUCUGGAGAAAAGUUUCGAAAUGUGUCUUGCUGCCUCUUUAUGAGAAGUGUGGGGAUGGGCAGAACACACAGCCUUUGUGUUCAAGGAUGGCCUUUCAGUAUCCUGUACAAUUCCCUACUGCUGUCAGACAGCUAGUGGUACCCUAGGGCCGGACUAAACAUGACCUUAAAUUUGUGAAUGCAUUCAGAAGCAUCUGCUUUUGAACUUAAAAAAUUAAAGCUGCAUGGGAGGAGCUGGUUUCAGGAUUGAGACUGCAGCACAUGGGGAGGUGGAUUAACCCUUUUUGCCCAAGCUGUGAUUCUACCCUUGGAAGCUGCAAACAGGUGCCAAAACCAGCUUUCCUCCUACAUAAAAUAGCAGCUGGGAGGGGUGCUUUUCACUGGGACAGCACUGUGUAGGAUAGAUUAAACCCCUCCUCCCCCCAUGCAGCAGAAUCCUGAUCUUGUCUCCAUCAUUAUUACUUUGACAGGUAACAAGAAAAGACAUGUUAAAUGCAUUCUAAUCUUGCGAAGUUUGGCCCUUUGUCUCCAGAACAGACAGUCCUACUCCUUCUCAAAAAUCCAUAUUCUCUGAAAAUCUGAAGCUUGAUGCAGAAUGCAUCUUCUUUUUUUCUGCUGAGGCUGUUCUGGCUCACUAUACGGCUGCAUACCAGAAGGGUCAUGCCAUUUUCUUGGGAGAAAAUGUAUUAUGGCCUCUUGGGUCAACAACAGGUAGAAUUUGGGUUUGGAUUUAGAACAGGGAUGAGCAGAAGGUGGAUUGGGCUAUACUACGGGAUGUCAGGAUAAUUUGCAGAAGACCAUCAAGGGUUUUUCUGACCCUCAAAUGUUUAACAAUAGCAACAAAAUUGUUUCCCACCUAAAUUAGGUUGCUGAAAGACUUUCAUUGUGUGAUAGGACUAGGAGCUCUUCUGGUGCUGAAAACGAAUUCCUAAACGUAGAAUAUACCCAGAGGCACCCUGUUCUUAAAUUCUAAGCAUAUGUCUUUUGCACCUGGCUCAGGUUGGCAAAACAUACCCUAGUCAAAAAAUAAAUAAAGUGGAUUUGACUGGACUGCCCUGCUUGCCCCAGAUGUAGAAGAAAUUUAUAUCCCUGUUUUAUAAAGCAGAGUGGGCCAGUCUUUCCAAAGAAUACGUGAAAUAAAAAUGACAAAGGGCUUCGUAUGUUAAAAAGAGCGCUGGUGAAAACUUAGUGCUAAUACGAGCCAGUGGCAGUCUUCUGCUUCAAGCUUUACCUGUUCCUUUGACACCAGAGGGAGAAAAUGUCUCAAGUGCUUUCUUAUCUACUGCUGUGCAGCAGGAAAAGGGAAGAGAUGGGAGGAAGAGACUUCUCACUUAGCUUUGUAUUUGCUUUUAAUUAACUGUAGGCAGUGGGGAUUCCAUGUUCCAAUUUAUUUAUUUAUUUGACACAGAGGUCAACAAACGGGUCUCUGAACUACCACUGGCUUAUUGGGAAAAUCUGGCCACACAGUGUGUGUGCCCCAUUUGGAGCGAUGUUGUAUUUUAAAGAUUUCCACUAGAAAUAUGCCCAGUUCUAAGCAGAAGUGAGCAGGUGAGCUGCCAGUCUUGAAUGGAGUUGGUCAAACGCAAUAGGAAAUGCCCCCAAGAGUAUUGCAUUGAAAACUGGUAUAUGCACACACCAGAUGAAUUAAGGCGGCCAUUUGCCAAGUAAUAAACAUACAGAACUGCAGUGUACGUGUGUUGCUUGGUAAGGUGGUUCCUUAUUGAUCUGUGAAGGGUUUAGUUUCUGAUCAGGGACUUGCAGAGAAAUGGUGAGGUUUAGUCUUCUUAUCACACGGCUGGGUGCUAUAAAUAUAUGAAAUUGUCAUGUACAGAACCAGACUGUUUAUCCAUUUAGCUUGUCAAUGUCUCCCCUGAGUGGCUGUCCAACAGGCAGAGAAGGUCUUUCCUGGUCCUGCUGCCUAGAAUCCUCUUAGCCAGAGACACCAAGAAUUGAACUUGGGCAUUCCAUUCAUUUCAGUGUGACGUAUUACAAGAAAAUAUGUUAUAAGACUGAAGCAUUUGAUGUACAUACAUCAUCUGCCAUGGUAUCCUCUCCCACUCCAGCCACCCCAAACAUCAUAUUGUUGACAGGGAUUUAUGAGCCACUGUCAACUUAAUUUAUCAACUGAAGGCCGAGUAAAUCACUGGCUCCUGUGAAUUCAUUCAUACACAUUCCAUUUUUCCUUCUGGAAGAGUGGUCUGUGUUGUCUAGACAGGAAGAUGAGUGUGAUCGUCAUUGAAGAUCCUGAUUUAUGAGAAAAAGCGUACCACUCCCUAGAAGCAAGUUCUCUGGAAGGAGGAAACAGGCCAUCCCUUCCUAGCUCCUUCGCUAUGAUGCAGACCACUUCUGUUUUCACAAAGUGUGGUUUAAGCUGUACUUCCCAUCUCAAAUCCAUCAAAACCUAUCCUCAAAUCCAACUUCCCAUAUUCUAGGGCUGCCAUGCGUCCUACUCUGCAGAGGUCAGCCACCUGUUUUGAAAGGCUGGCAGUCCUCUAUUUUAAGGUGACUUUUAUUUGAGGGCUGUCUAGCCUCAAGUCUGGUUUAAAAGUAAGGAACCCUAAGAAAGGAGAGCAGGAGCCCUGAAGUUGCCCAUCAACAGUUAAGAGCAGACUGAACUAUUACCCAUCACCUGUUGUCCCCUCACUAGGGUGAGCCAUAUUGCAUUUCUCUUUAAAUUAUUGUCAUUGUUGUUUAGUCGGCUUAGUAGUGUUCGACUCUCCGUGACCCCAUGAACCAGAGCAUGCCUUGGAAACUCUUACUUUCUUCUCAGAGCUUCUCCUUUUUUAUGUCCAUGGAGUUUUCUUGGCAAAAUACUCGAGUGGUUUGCCAGUUCCUUCACCAGGUGGAUCACAUUUAGUCUAAACUCUUGGCUAUGGCCUGUCCGUCCUAGGUGGCCCUGCACAGCAUAGCUCAUAGCUUCUUGGAGUUAUUCAAGCCCCUUCGCCACGACAUGAAGGGGUAAAUUAUUGUAACUGUUGCUAAAUUUUGCAACUAGACAAAUCAAUUAGUGUAUGGAAAUGUUACGUAAAUUUGUGUUACAUCUUGUUCUGUUUUUUGGGCGAUGCAAACCCUCUUUAUAGGCGAUACAUAAGUGGCUAUUCUGAUAUAUGUUUCUUCAUUGCAGGAUAUCACUUUAUCUCAGUCACUAUCCCAGUUCAUCCAUUGCUUGCUUGCGUUUUCUUUUUUUUACCCUUUUACACAUGUGAUAGAGAAGUUUUUGGCUUGAUUUUUCUUCUCAGUUCAAAGCUACAUCUGGUCAAGUUUGCAUUUUUUAACUCCUUUCUAUGGGGGUAUAAGGACCUGUGGGUGUUUGGGAAUCUGAGUCGUAAUCUCAAAAAACAGAAAGGUAUGAACAAAGUUUGUUGGCAUGUGUUGUGAACUGUGUAGUUUGAGCUGCAUGCCUAGCUAUGCUAUGUAUACUGAGCUGGGAUUUUUACCUAGGCUUUUUUAUAAAACAUAGCCAUUUCUGCACAUAUGGUGCUAGGUGUUUGUGCAAAAUAAGCAUUCUUAUGUAUGCAUGCAUUUAUCAACAUAACUAUAGUUCUGAAAGUGACCUCAUUUUUGCACAUCCUGAUGAACAAAUGAGAGAAUGAAGCUCAUUUUAAAAAAUGGUGGGAGGAUAAAUUUAAUCAUGCACACGCACACACACAGACAUUUGCAUAAUCAAUCUUUGCAAUAAAAUCAACAAGAAAAGCCUCUCCUUGUUUGCUGAAUGUUAUUUAUUCAUCUGCCAAAGACCAAUUACAGACCAAUCCAAGUCUAGCUGUGUUAAUAUUAUAACUGUUAUGCAAAAGAUGGGGAAAAAAUACAGUAAUCCAUUUCUACCAAAAGAAAGAAAUAAAAUCCCAAAAUAGAAUAUGGAAAGGUACACAUCAUGUCUGUCUUCUCUUUCCCUUUUUUGGUAAAUGUGACUCAAAUGAGUUGAUUUUUCUUCAGUCUAGUCUAUAUAUAUUAUACUUUGGGCAGGGGGUGGGGAGGCUUAUUGUGAAUAACUUACCUUAGGGUUCUUUUCAGGGUUACGAUUUCUAAUACACACACAUAUAUAUAUAUAUAUAUAUAUAUAUAUCCCACCUUUCCUUCUAGCUUUUUCAUUUUCUCUGAAAAUGGAAACAAUGGGAUGUUAAAAAUACUUAUCAAAAUGCAAAAAUAAAGUUAUAAAAAAUAAAGGUCAAUGGCUUGACGUUCAGCAGUGAUCUUUAUUCCUAAAGGUGUGUGUCUAUAUUAACACUGCCAAAGUGGUCAGAUGCAAAAACUUGACCUCUGUGCAAAAACGAUAAACAUUUUUGUGUGUGACUCAGAACACUUUCUUAGCAAUGGUGACACCACAUUGAGAUGCUUUGGUGUGGGGGACACAGAAGACCCUGGUGACUGGUCUUCAACUCUCAAAGACAUUUUUUUCUGAGGUCUGGUCUAUUCAUGCAGCAGAAUAAUGUGGGGAUAGGAUGGUAGAGCCGUAAGAUGGCAGAACAGGCUAAACUGCCCCCCAGCCAAAUAUUUCAUUACUUAUCUCAUUUUUUGUUUUCUGAAAACUUUUAAUCUCCCCUCUGGGUGACUUACAAAAAUAAGAUGCAAUAUACAAUUGCAAUAUAACAACAACCCCCCCAAAAAAGAACCCCCAAAUGACAGCAAUAGCCACAGAUCAAUAAGUGUUCUGAUCUAGAACAUGCUUCCAUUCUAGAUUGGAGACCCAUGUCAGUUUCUUCCUGAAAAUUGUCCCCUUCCAGUGGUUAUUUGCCCCAGAAGGCAGGCAUAUUUGGAGUUAACAGCACUUUUAGAAGACGGAUAGUAGCUAAGGGUAGGGGCCAAAGUAUUUUUAGCAGGGGGAAGGGGGAGAGGACUAUGUUCCAGAUCGGGGUUCUGCAACUGCUUUUUCUUGAGAACGGAAGAGGCCAUUUGAAGCAAACCUGAGUGAUCGAUAGACACAGAAAUGACAUUUAUGAACCAGGAGCAACAAAGAGUCUUUUGGCACCUUAAAAACAAAAUCAAUGUACAUGGCUUUAGUCUGUUGUUUUCAGCGGGUUUGCUUUGAGUAUAACUUAACUGGAAGCAAGCUUAAUAGGUGCAUUGUGGGACAAGCUGCGGGAGCCUGGAUCCCAUCUCAUCAGAUGCACGAACUGUUGUUAACUAAUGAGUAAAAAAUGAUGGGUGUUCUUCCCCACCACCACCACCGUCUGUAUAAACAUGUGAAUAAUAGGGAGCAGUUUUUGGCCUUUCUGCUUCACAUAGUGCCAUAUAUUUAGUGCUGUACGGGUGAAAGCAAGAUGGAUCUGAAGACUGUGUGUCUCGUGGGUUCCUCUUCAUUUACCACAUUGUGGGAAGGUUGCCAGCGAUGCAUAGAUGUUGCAUGUGGUCUCAUGGGGGGACGGAUUAAUUCUUACUAUGCAAGGAUACCUCCUGCUGACUUUUGAAAGGGAGAACAAACAAAGAGGAACUCUUUUGACCAUGGAUGCUAUUAGCUUAAUGUUUCUGUUCUCUGAUCUUCCUGUCCUGUUUGCUUUGUACGGCUUAAUCAAGUUUUUUUUUUUUUUUUUGGUAUAUAAUGUGGACCAAGUAAUUGAAAACAAAUUUAGCAUGUCUCAGACCAUCAAGUUCCCUUUCAGCUGGAUUGCUGGCUUCGCGGUAGACAUGUCUGCUUUCAAUUUUCAGUGAUGUGAGAAACAUAGAAUGAAUGGCUUGAUUUGUAAUUGUGAAUGUUAAUAAUGAAAGAGAUAUUCCCUGGUCUCAAGCCUACAUAGAAAUUCUGUCUCCGUUAUGCUUCAUAUAACAAACCCCAAUUCAAAACUCCACUGCUAUUCUUUACUGAACAUUUUCAUUCUCUGCUAUGUGGUUGGGUUGUUUUUUGCUCUCGAAGUGCCCAAUUUAUUUCAUGAAAACAUGUGUUGUACAUAGAGCACACAAAUAUUUGUACAGAGAAAGAUUACCAUGAAAAUGUCAAAACCUGCUUGUUUAAAUAAACUCCUAUUUUAGCUGGCAAUGAUAUUUUUUUUUGACCUGUGUGCCACUACCUCUGUCAAAACCUGUCCACAGAAGAUGGCAGAAAUCUGGUUUAUAACACAAACUUGCAUGUUUCACAGUGUUCUCCUUUCAUUUGUGAGUGUUUGGUUUUCACCUUGAAAGCAGAGAAAUGCUUUCAGGUUUCAUGUAAUUCAACAAUAUGCAAAUAUUUGAGAAGCGAGUACCAUAUCUUGAAUUACAUGAAACCUGAAAGCAUUUCUCUGCUUUGGCAGUUGUGUGCAAGCAACCCCAAAUAUCAAGUCUUUAAAGCUUUUUGGCAACUGUGGGCUCCCAAGCCAAGAGAACAAGGGAAUUGUUCAUCAAACUGACUUGAGCUAAUCUUUAGGCAUGGCUGUUAACAAUAACAUAGGAGCCCCAGAGCUCUUCCGUUCUUAGCUAGACAAACUAGGGAUUUGCAUAAUAACAUAUGUGUUGCUAAGGCCAGGGACCUCCGAAGGGUGGUUUGUUGGUUUGUUGGUUUGUUUAUAUAUGUGUGUUUCCUUCUAGUAUCCAGGUUAAAAAAGCAGACAAAGUUUUAAGGAGUAGUCAAAAGGAAAUGUCAUGCUUUUGGGUGAUAGCCAUGAUGAUGAUGAUGAUGAUGAUAUUAUGAAAUAAAAGCAGGGUUUGUGGGGAUCACUCUUGAAUUCCUUGGAAGAAGAGCAAGAUGGAUGGAUGGAUCCACAAAGAGGGGAUGGGAAUGUGGAAUUUCACAUGUUUGAGAUAAGAAGGUCCCAGGUUUCCAGGUACACUUGGGGAAAUCAAGAAGAGCUGCUGUUUGUCCCUAUAGAACAGCCUUUCCCAAUCUACUGCCCUCCAGAUAUUUCUGGACUACAACUCUCAACAACUCUAGGUCAGAGAUGAUGGAAGCUGUAAUGGUCCAAACCACCUGGAGGACACUAGUUAGUUAGUGAAGGCUAGUUAGCUACUUCUAAGCUUUAUGGACCAGUGUAUUUCAGCAUAAGGCAACUUCAUAUGUUCAUAGCUCUAGUUUAACUCUCCUAAUUGUGAACCUAAUAUGCUGUUUCCUAACUGGAAGCCUUCAGUUUUUAUUUUAAUGCAUUCCCUACAGUAGCAAAUGGGGAUGUGGGUGGCGCUGUGGGUUAAACCACAGAGCCUAGGACUUGCCGAUCAGAAGGUUGGCGGUUCAUAUCCCCACGAUGGGGUGAGCUCCCGUUGCUCGGUCCCUGCUCCUGACAACCUAGCAGUUCGAAAGCAUGUCAAAGUGCAAGUAGAGAAAUAGGUACCGCUCCGGCGGGAAGGUAAACGGCAUUUCCGUGCACUUCUCUGGUUCGCCAGAAGUGGCUUAGUCAUGCUGGCCACAUGAACCGGAAGCUGUACGCCGGCUCCCUCGGCCAAUAAAGUAAGUGAGAUGAGCGCCACAACCCCAGAGUCGGCCACGACUGGACCUAAUGGUCAGGGGUCCCUUUACCUAUACCUUUACAGUAGCAAUGUGUUUUAUUGCUUGUGGGUCAUGCAAACUGUCUCAACUAAAGAGAUGACAUCAGAAAUAUGAGAUUCUUGCUGGGCAUCUGCCUUCUCCUAGGUGGGGUUGUCCAAGCCAUUGCUAAUCUGCCCACACAACAUUGCCCAAAGCGAGCGAGCUCGGGGCAAACCACUCCUUCCCAGCAUGUGGUCAUGUAUGAUAGCUGCUGGAGAACAUCACUCACAAAUGUCAUGGCAUAGUUUUCCUCUUCCGCUGCAUCUGAGCCUUGUGCAAAAGAAAAUUGUGAGCAUGUCCAGUCUUUUCUCAAUAUGUGGGAUGGGGAGGGAGAGAAAGUAGUGAGCCGCUUGUGCAUUUCAUUUUGCUGCCUCUAUGGAAUCGCAAAGCGGCAAAGGAGCCUUCUUUGUGGAAAAAUAUAUAUUCUGUUUUGUUAUUUUAUUCUCUGUCUCUGGAGAUUGUGUGUGUACAGCACACACACACUUCCUUGGAUUUAGUAUAAUCAUGACUGCAGAUUAUUUCUUCUACUGCUAGAUUAUUUCCAGCUAUUCAGAAGCAGGAAAUGCUUUGUCAGCUGGCAAUCUAAACCACCAAAGACUUUGGCUAAACUUUUGACUUGAUGCCUCACCUAUUGAAAUUAAUCCUUUGGGUUUAGCUUUGAAGUUUAUCCUUGGUUAGAAUAUCCAUGCACCCAAAAGAGCCAAGAGACAGAAUUCCCCAAAUAUUCAGUUCUCAAAACGAAGACACAGAUUGCUGAUGUUCUUCUGUAGGCACUCUCUUUUCAAAGUGACUGAAGUCUGGGAUUUGCUGGGACUCAUAGGAGAAUUUUGUCAUGCAGACUUAUUAGGCUGCUAUAACAGAGCACUCGUCAAGCCUUCUCUAGUGAGGAGUACCACAAAUAUCUAGUCCUGUUGUGUAUAAAAAUAAAAAGCAACUUUCCUAAAGAUGUACAGGCUCCCUACCCUAUUCCUUCCACCUUUUUUUUUUUGGUAGGAUUGCAACCCAGUAGAGAAAACGUUUGCCGAGUAAUUGUACGAGUUAUAGUCAAUUAACCAAUUAAAUCGGGGUAAAUUUGCAUAUGAGGAAAAUAGUUCUAAAGUAAAAUAAAGAACAUGCUUUAUUUUACACAUAUGUGCUGAAACAAGCAUCAUCUGGGAAGAGGCAUUCAUUCUCCCAUCUCUUGCAUGCCUCUUUUAUUAUGGUGCAUGCUACUGACACUUUUUAGAGGGACGCGGGUGGUGCUGUGGGUUAAACCACAGAGCCUAGGACCUGCCGAUCAGAAGGUCAGCGGUUCGAAUCCCCGUGACGGGGUGAGCUCCCGUUGCUCGGUCCCUGCUCCUGCCAACCUAGCGGUUCGAAAGCAUGUCAAAGUGCAAGUAGAUAAAUAGGUACCACUCCGGCGGGAAGGUAAACGGUGUUUCCAUGUGCUGCUCUGGUUCACCAGAAGCGGCUUAGUCAUGCUGGCCACAUGACCCGGAAGCUGUACGCCGGCUCCCUCGGCCAGUAAUGCGAGAUGAGCGUCGCAACCCCACGACUGGACCUAAUGGUCAGGGGUCCCUUUACCUUUACCUUACUGACACUUUUUAUAAGUGCUUACUUAAAACAACAACAACAACCAAAACUUUAAAAUAUAAAAUUUGCUGCCUAAUUAAUCAGUGUCACCUCUUUAGUCAGUUUUAAUGAUAAUAGUUUUAAUGAUUAAACUAACUCAUUGACUAUGUCUUUGGAAUGGACCAGAAGUAGCCUAGACCCACUCCUAUCUAUUCAUUCAUGCAAAUGUCAUUUGCUUUGAUUAGGAAGAGCUAAGCUGAGCUGCUUAUUUUAAAGUAUUUAUUGUUUUCAUUAUAUUUAUAUCUUUCCCUUCCUCCCAAAUAAACCUAGGGAGGCAAACAAUAAGUAAUAAAACAACAAAAACACCCUGAAAAUGAUUCCAAUUCAGAUGCAGACUGUAUGAUGAAAGGUUCAAACAACUCCCCCUAUGCCAUCUCCUAAUUAUGUAAUUUGAGGAUUUGUAAAAUGCUUUUACAAAAGUCGCUUUAGAUUUGUUUUGCACAAGAGCAACAGGUAACAGUCCUGUGAAGAAGGUUAGGAUAAGAAUGUGUGACUUGCCGAAAGCUACCCAAGGAGCAUCAUACUUGAGGAAAGAUUAGAACAUGGAUCUCCAAAAUAAACUACUCCCAAUGCCUGCACUGUUAACCACCCAUGAGAAGUGUCAGAGGUUUCUAGGAAACAGUUGGGGAUUUCACAAGGGAGCCUUUGGCUGGUUAAAUGAUGGCUUUUUAAAUGUGUUAGGUGUUUGUGUUUUUGUUGUAGUUAUGUAUUUUGUGUUUUACAUUGUAGACCAACCUGUGAUCUUUGGAUGAGGAGAGUAAUAAUAAUAAUAAUAAUAAUAAUAAUAAUAAUAAUAGAUUCAACAUUCUGAACCUGAAUUUAUUCUAGCCUUGCUAAGUUAGACCACAAAAGUUAAUAACUUCUAAAUAUUUUUCACUAGCCAGCAUGCUCUUGGUCAUUGGUAGCACAUCAAUAAACUGAAGGAAAGACACACACACACACACACACACACACACACACGUUUUUUAUAAAAGCUUCAUGUCUAGUCAUCUAGAGGUGAUCCUCAUUUGCUCAAGGUGAUCAAACAAGUUACUACUGUACUUAUAUAUAUAUAUCUCUUUCUGAUACUAUUUUUAUUUUGAUUUAUCUACUCCAUUUGUCAUUGAAAUGAUGAAGUAAUGAUUUGGUCUUUUGCCAGCUUCAUGGAUACAUGGACAACAAGCCCCUAGGUCUUCAGAUCUUCAUUGGGACAGCAGACGAGCGGAUUCUUAAACCACAUGCUUUCUACCAAGUCCAUCGCAUUACAGGGAAAACCGUCACCACCACCAGCUAUGAGAAAAUAAUUGGCAACACCAAAGUGCUGGAGAUUCCCCUGGAGCCAAAAAACAACAUGAAAGCAACGUAAGAGUGCUAUUAUGAAAAGUGUCUUGUUACAAGAUAUUAAUGGAACAAAACUGGAGACUUAAUGUUAAUGCAGAAGGCACCUGCAUUUAGCUUGAACAAAAAAAUACUCAAGGGCGAAAGACUUACAGUGACCCAGGCUUGAUUCACAGUGUAUGUGAUCUGUUUGAAAAAGCUGCCUGGUUCCAUCCCUUGCAUCUCUGUUGAAAGGAUCAGGUAGCAGAUGACGAGGAAGACUUCUUUCUGGCCUGAGACUCUGGAGGUCUCCUGUCAUUUAGAGUAGAUGAACAAGUGGCAAGGUAGAUGAACCAUUGAUCUCACCUGUUUAUGAGGCAGCUUCCUUCUGAGCCUUUUCCAAAAGGGACAGACUUCUGCAGGAUCAUUGUGGGUGAUGAUACUGGGCCCUGGGAAUGAUUUAAUACCUGUUGGAGGCAGAAAUGCUUCUGAAUACUAUUUGCCUGAAACCAUAGGAGGGGAGAGUGCUCUUCUGCUUGAAUCCUGCUUUUGGAUUUCCCACAGCCGUCUGGUUGGCCACUGUGAGAACAGGAUGCUAAGCUACAUGGGCCAGUAGCCUGCUCCACCAGGCUCUUCUUUCGUUGCUAUGUUCAUGUCUCAGUGCGCAUUAGAAUUUCAGUCCUACUCUAACGACUACACCACACUGAUUCUUUAAUUUUAAAUGUAUCUUUUAGAACAUGGCACCAUUGGGGCGAUGUUUGGGGAGUCAAAAAGCCCUGUUCUCCCAGGCCUUUUAAAUAAGUAGGUCGGGGCAGUCUGUUUUUAAUCAUGUUUUUUUUAAGUGCAGUGAGGUGGUGGUUGUUGUUGUUGUACUUAGGCAGUUCCUGAUUUUAUGUUUUAUUUUCCAAUGAAAAGUGACCUUUAACUCCAUCGUUGUAAUCAGUGAGGUAAAAACAAAAUUCUGCGUGAACCAUAUCUUUCCCACCUUGCAAAUGUGUUCAGGAAUCAUUGGGUUGUUAAUUCUGUGGUUGCGUAUUAACUAAGGUUUUGGCUUGUUCCGCAGCAUUGACUGUGCAGGGAUCCUCAAGCUGAGAAAUGCAGACAUUGAACUGCGGAAAGGGGAGACGGACAUCGGCCGGAAGAACACCCGCGUGCGACUGGUCUUCCGUGUACACAUCCCCGAAUCCAGUGGCAGGAUUGUUUCCUUGCAAGUGGCAUCCAACCCCAUUGAAUGCUGUAAGUUGCAUUUUCUCUUUAAUUUCACUAUUUUCUGAUCAGCGGCGAUAUUUUCCAUGCUGCAACCUCUCUGUAUCCUGUGCGUCGAUCCUUAAUUAGCUGAAGAAAGCAUGUCUCGAAACCUGUGCAUAAUUACCUGGGGGUAAGUCCCAUUGAAAUCAGGAGGACUCACAGUCAAAUUACACAUUAUGUUAGCUAUUCAGAUAUGCUGUUAAGUGCAAGGGUUUUCUUUAUGUAUAUAAAUGCUAGUGAUUCUGGGAUCUUAGCAUGGUGGUGAAAUGACUUAGCACCUCUACCCACUGUAGUCUUGAGGCAGUAUUCAACUAAAUAGUUGCACUAGCACAUGAAUUGACACUAGUAGAAGGGGGUUUGUAGUUUGGCCCUUACCACCACCUUCUGAGGAAAUCUGUUCCACUGUUGCUCUUACUGUCACAAAGUUCUUCUUGAUGUUUAGUUGGAAUCUCGUUUCUUGUAACUUGAAGCCAUUGGUUUGGGUCCUACCCUCUGGAGCAGGAGAAAACAAGCUUGCCCUUAAGAUAUUUGAAGAUGGCUAUCGUAUCUCCUCUCAGUCUCCUCUUUUCCAGGCUAAAUGUACCCAGCUCCCUCAACUGUUCCUCAUAAGUCUUGGUUUCCAGACCCUUGAUCAUCUUGGUUGCCCUCCUGCACACGUUCCAACUUCUCAAUAGCCUUCUUAAAUUGUGGCACCUAGAACUGGACACCGUACUCCAAAUGUGGUGUGACCAAUGCAGAAUUGAGUGGUCCUAUUACUUCCCUUGACCUCGACACUAUACUUCUGUUGAUGCAAUCUAGAACAGCAUUAACUUUUUUUACUGCUGCACCACACUGUUGAUUCACGUUAACCUUGUGGGUCCACUAAGAUCUCUAGAUUAUUUUCACAUGUCCUACUGUUUAGAAUUAGACAGUGCAGCUUUAAUACAAAUUGAUAACAGAAAGAUGCUGCUAAUCCCUUGACUCAUUAGAGUACAAUUGAAAUUAUGGAGGUACUUCCAGAACAGAUAGAAAUCUGAGAUUUGGUACACAAGUUGCCAAAGAUCUCCUGAUUAUCUGAAAAGUCUGAAAAUGAGACAAUUGUUAUGACUCUCACUCUGAACACAUCAUAUUCAGACUGUUUUUGGGCAGUACUCCAAUAGACAGCAGGACAAGCAGCGCAUGAGAUCGACGAGAGGGGUGUGGGAGUUUCCCUUUUGCACUCUUCGAUAAGCCCCACAUUGGAGAAGAGGGGAUUUCCACUGGAUGUCUCAGUGACUGCCGAAUGUGGGCUAUACUCUCUCAGCAGAUCUCCCAUGGAGAAAAUAUUCUUGGCCCUCUAGCAUAUGUUCAUCCCACCAGAGAUCUCAUUUCCAGCUAUCAUCCUUUCAGUGUAGGAGGUUUGCAUCAGGAACGAAGGGUGCUCGGUGUCUUCACAGGAUAGGACCUGUGGAAGGGCCUCCAUUCUGGCACAUCCAGAGAUUCUUAGUCAUUUUUGGAGGGCUUGCGCUUCCUUUGCUCAUCCGGUGAUGCUUUAUUGUUAGUAACCUGAGCUUUCUCAGUGGUUUGGGGAUUUCACAGAAUCAUAACGAACCAUUUUCACUUCUUUUAUUGUGUGACUCACAGUAGUGUACAAAACCAUGCUGCAGCAAUAAACUGCCUGAGAAAGUUUACUUAAAAGACCCACUCUGUGGCUUUUGAUUGUAAUGUAAUCCUUCCCCUAAGGGAGAAGUGGGGAACCUGCAGCCUCUCAAUGUAACUAGGCUGUAACUCUUAUCGUUUUCCACCACUGGCCUUCUUGGCUAGGACUAAUGAGAGCUGGAGUCCAGCAACAUUUUAUGGCCACAGGCUCCCCAUCCCUGCCCUGAGACACAUCUGCACUGGAGAUGCUCCCUGUUUCAACAUGUUGUUUAAGCUGCAAUCUGAAUCUCUAAAAAACAUGUCCUUUUGAGAAUCCCCAGUCCCAUGGCAGGGCGAAAUGUCUUUGCCCUGUGCACCCUUUGAUGAUUGCCAGGGUGCCUUCCUGGAAGGCGUUUUGGCGAUCUCUGCCAGGAACACGGCAGGGCGAAGCAUCUGCGGCAUGUCUUUGCCCUGCCAGGUCCCUUUCACAAAGGUAAGGCGGCUGGUGGUGUGUGGAGAGAUGGCAGGCCAAGUCAACCUGGCUGGGUUGGAGGGGUGUUGCACAUGUGACGUCAUGCACGCAAGAUGCCCCCCGCCACCACCACUGGCGCAAUUCGGCAGAUGCUCUAUCACUGAGAUAUACCAUUUCUCUUAAUGGCACCACUCACUUAGAAGAGGAAGCUCCAAGGCUUGUGAAAGAAUAAAAAUCUUUUUUGGGGGGGGAAACCCUAAGUGACUCGGACAUUCCAAAGCAGCUUAAUGGGGACUGUGCAUGCUUAAGGGACACAAAAUAUUAAUAUUAAUUGGAGAAAAUUAAGAAAAUUCAGGGCUGCAUCCAACUAAGUCAUACUCAGACUCAUGGCUAACUUAACGUCAUUUGUUUCAGUGGGUCUGUUCUGAGCAUGGCUUCGUCCGAUGCGACUACAGUGGUACCUCCGGUUGUGCACAGGAUCCGUUCUGGAGCUCUGGGCGGAUCCUGAGGGAUUCGCAACCGGACGUGCCUGUUCUGCGCAUGCACGUGGCACGGUAGAGCGCUUCUGCACAUGCGUGUGCAGCAAAACCCGGAAAAAUACUUCCGGGUUUGCCGCGUGUGUAAUCUGAAGGAUAUGCAACCAGAGGUGUGCUUAUCCAGAGGUACCACUGUAUAUGGGCAGAAUUUGAUAUGGUGCUAUAUUGGAUGUUUCCAUCAGCGCAAGCGAGUCAGCUUGGCAGACAGAGCAAACCUCCCACCCAUCUUGCCAUGCACUGUUGUGGGGGUUCUCCUGACAUCCUCCCCAAGCAAGUUUUAGGGAGCAUGAGGGCACAUGGAGGUAGAAGAGGGGAGAAAAGCCGUGUUGCAGAAGUAGAAGCCCUUUAAGGCAAUAAACCAGCUGUUGUUGCUUUAUUCUCUCCUGUAAACCUGUUCUCAUUAUAAAUAUUAUUUUGGCAAAAUUAUAUUUACUUCCGAAAAGGUGUCCAUUUGAGUGAUUUAGAUGUUUCUCCAGUCUUCAGAAAGUUGGUUUAUGCCAAUGAAUUUUGGUCAAGUAUUUUGUUUCCUUUUAAUUAGCUUCCUUGGAAGUUUCCUCUUUUUUUGUUUCUUUCCUCCUCUCCAACUCAGUUUCCCCAUAAAAUUAGAUAUUCCGCAUUAACGAUAUGUGGCGCAGUUGUAAAUUCAGUGGAAAGAAAUAGUCAGUUUAAAGAAUGUAUUCAUCUUGGCAGGCUUUCUAUGGCUUUCUUGCUAGCGGAUAGAUUAUCAACAGUAGGCUAGCGGCUAGUUUAAGCGUAGCAAAGAACCAUACUUGUGACUCCCAGGAGAUUAAUCUGCCUGCCGUUUUCAGGCAGCAUGCUAUGAACACUCUGCAUUUUCAGUAGCUUCUCCAGUGAACUCUGAAAAGCGUACCUCUCGCUUUAAAAAAAUGCAUUAUUUUAAUGUUACAGCUGCUCUAAUAAAACCUUUGUUAUGGCUACGCUCAUAAAGACUUUGUAUCUAGGAACCUAUGCUGAAAACCAAUGAUGCAGAUCGGUGGAAUAAAUGCAAAUAGGCUUACAUUUCACAAACACAUUUUGUUUUCAUGGUUCUUUCUGAACUCAGUCUUUAAUCUCUUGUGAUAGGGAGAGUUGUAAAGACUGGCAUAGUGGCAGGAAGAGUAGUAUAGUCUUAGUCCCAUCAGGGAAAAAGGCAGGGUAUGAAUUAGUAUAAUAUUAACAAUGACAGUAACAAUAGCAAUAACAGUAACUAAGUAAGUAAGUAAAUAAUAAAAUAACUGAAUAAUAUUCUAGGAAAACUAAGUAAUAUUCUAGGAAAAGCUUCUUCAGGAACUUUGCUUUUACUAUUAAAAUGAAUAUUUCUAGCUUGUCUGGUACCAGUGGUGGCCAGAGUGAGGUGGAGUUUAGAAGAGGCAUUUCCCAAAGAUUCAGAAAUAAAAGUAGAUCUUGGUUAAGCCUUUCACUAGUCUUUCCAAAGCCAUUUGCACACUGCCUUCUUCUAAAAAUGCAUCUUAUUAGAACUAGAAACGAUAAUAGCUUUCAUUUAUGCAUUUUAAAUAGUUGGACAGUCAUCUGGCUAACAGAAGAUGCAAAGACCUUUGGGUCUCGUUGGGCUUCUUUCCCCCUUUGAGUUUAGAAUGAGCAGGAAGUGGGAGGGAUAAAAAAAAGUCUGACAUGAACUACAAAGUUAUUUUGGGUUUAUUCUGGUGUGAUUGCCUACACAGGAAUCAAGGGUUGGGUACGGCACAUAGUGAAAUACAAGGCUGCAUUUUGCUUGCUGGUCAUCCUGUUUGAGGAGUUGCCGGGGUUCUGUCUCUUCCAUUAAUUGCUAUCGCCAAGGAAUUCAAGCAGAAUAAAACUUAAAAACCCAAGGUGGCUCAUGGUUAAAGCACAGUGGGUUUUAAUCUCAAGAGAUCACUUCCAUGAAGGUUUAAGAGGAGGUACUUUAUUGAGUCUGCUAAGACAUUCUGAUAGUUAAAAUGCCUGCCAUUAAUCUCCUUCUUGGUAGGGUUGGUGUUCUGCAAGCAUUAUUCUUAAAAAAUAAUAAUAAUACCAGGUUUAGUGAUCCCUUCUUAUCUAUCUUUACUGCUACUUACAUGUCUUCCUCAGAAAGACUGAAGAGAGAUAUUGGUUUUAGAUUUUUGUGAUGUUACAGUUAGGGUGUCAGCAAUAUCUUCAGGAAGGGCACCCAAAUUCUGCUUGGAAUAAGUGAAGCAAAUGCCUACCCAUUUUAUUAUUUGCAUAAUUUAUUACAGUUGCAAUAUUUGGGCUCUUGCAGAAACCAAAAGAAGGAAAGAAAGGUUUCCAGUUGGUGAGAAAGUGGUGUCCAGGUGGAUUUUUCAUAAAGCGGGCAAAAUGUCUGAGAAAAUGUCCGAAUUUUCUUUUGGAGACUUUGUCCAAAAAGCUCAACAACUUUUUGAAAUUUGGCAACCCUAGGAUAGAGCAACUGCCCUUGGCAAUAUGGAAUUCACAGCCACAAAAUGUGGCAAUGACUCACACAAUCUCAGUCUAACCAUACCUGUCACUGAACAUGUUGCAUAGGGUAAGGCUGGGAUUAAAAUAAUAAUAAUAAAACCAAGCAAAGGGGGGGCAUGAUACAGACUGAGACUGCAGCUGUAGCCAUCCCUAAAUCCAUGUAUAAUCUAAAUCCUGGUAGAUCACUGGUUAGUGUGUAAUGCUAGGGACAUCUUUCUUGACCUAAAGCAGCUUGCAAUACAAGAACAAGACUAUAUAUUGAUGCAUUAUUACAAUCAACAGUCUAACACCAGUUCAUUUCAAAGCAAAUAAUAAUGCUCCAAAUAUAAGAAUUGAUUUCAGUAGUGGUAACGUUGUAACAUUUUAAAUGUAUUGAGAUAUAUGUCAUUAAAACGCAAUACAAAUUGAUAGGUUUUAUCAGUCAUUGCAAUACAGAAGCCAGAGUCGGAUUGCCAUAAAAAUUUCCAGUCCACUGCAGUCAGGUAUGAAUAAAUAAUAUCACCAGCAGCCAGUUUCUCUAAAGUGCCAAGAGCAGGAAAUAGCAACCAGAUUUUUUUGCAGCUGGCAGUGCAGUAGCUUAAAUGGAAGCUCCGUGUGUCUGCUGCUUCUGAAUGUCAGGAGUUGGAGGGGCGUGCGGCGGAUGACAACCCCAGGAGGCUCUUCUUGCCUUCAUGUUCUUGCCAUUUCUUGGAAGCAUCUGAGUAGCCACUGCUGAAAAUAGGAUGUUGAAUGAGAUGACCUUCGGUCUGAUCCAAUAGGGUUCUCAUUCUCUUCUUAGUACACACCAGUUACAAUUUCCAGUCCUUCACCAACUAAUGUUGACAAACCCUCUCUUCACUUCUAGAUGUGGGCUAGAUGUUCCAUUUACAAACUGGAGAGACUCUGCUUCCAGAAGCCAAAUUCAAUGCCAGAUUCAAUAGCUUUGUGGCACCCUACUUCCAUGUUAAGAAUUUCUCCUACUCCAUCAAGCCUCAGGAUCAUUGAGAGCUGCUACUAGUAAUAAUAUCCAGAAAUGCAGCCUUCGUGAUGGCUGCCCUUCCCUAUUAGAUUUUGCUACUACCAACUUUAGCAGCAUCAGAUGGGUAUUGCCAGGGCUUUGGGCGUGCUAUGAGAAUGCAAAAUGUGCAACAUUGGAUACGGAAACUACUUCCCUGAGAAUCUAAAUCUUUACCUGUUUGUUUUUAAAGCACAUUUCUAAUCUUUAAGGGUAAGGAUGUGCUUUAAAGUAUGUGGGCAAUGCCUGAUGAAAUCUCAGAAACCAGAACGGUACCCAUAAGGGUAGCCAGAGAUAGGAAUGUAAAGAUCGGUCCAUUUUGGCUAUCUCAGUUUCUCAUUUUUCCAAUCUUAAAUUCAGGUUUCUACUGGCAUUUUUAAUGCAAGUUUCUCCUAAUAAUACAUUUUUGUCUGCAGUUUUGACUAAUCUACUCUUUUUUGUAAGCACUUUCUCAUAACAUAUUCAUUGCUAUACACAUUUCCCUGUUAUAUAUUCAUUUUUGUAAACGUUGAUUGGAGAACUGCAUCGCAAAACGUAGAUAAGUGUGACUUCUGAAAGUUGGUUGAGCUUUGGUUCUCAUGUUGCUUUGGAAACAAGAAGCUCAAUAAAUGCAACCUUAAAUGUGAACUGAAUUGCAUUUUUCCUCCAUCCCUGCUUGAGACACAUAGCUCUUUCCCUGUUUCUGUGAGAAGAAUACAAAAGAGGAGGGAUCGUGUAAAUUUGUAUAAAUGUGCGCAGGCUGCAUAAAUGUAUACUGUCUACUUGUUGCUUCAGUUAUACCAAGCCCUGGGCUUUGCCAUCACACUGAGCAUGUGAACUUCCCUAUGGCAUUUCCUUGACACAGAGUCAAAAAUAUUGCUGGUGAACUUGGUCUUGAAGCAGCCUAGCAGGUUGACUGGCUUAUGUGUCCUAGCCGUCCUGGUUCUCCCCACGUUAAGCCAAAUUAUUUUGCUUCCCUAUUUUGGCCCCUUGCUCUUGCAAUUCCGAGGCUCAGGAAACAAAACUCAGCAGAGAUCCUGAUAACCGCAGUUCCCUUUUUUGUUUCUCUUCCACUGCUGGCCAUAAUGUAAUUUUUGGCACGAACGACCCGUAACAUCUUGAUUUGCAGGCGGUCAAAUAAAAUACAGAAAGAAAACCCCCCUCACGCCCCCAGUGCCAUUAGCAGAGUUGACAUGCUGUUUCAAGGCAAAAGUGAGUGUUUCGCCUAGCAUUUGCUUUCCUGCAUUAUGUCAGUGGCUGUUGCUAUUGAAAGUAAACACCCCAACGGGAUAAGUCAACAGUGUUAUGUUUAUACAGAGCUCAUAAACUACAGUAGCUGUUGGUCUGCUUUAUGGAGUGCCAGCCCCUGAGGGGAAGAGAAGGAGCAGUGUGAAAUUACUGCCUACAUUUCACCUAUCCUGGGCUUUAGAAACGGUGAAUUUACUGGGGAUUAAUUUAAUAGAGCAUACAAAAGAAAACAAGCUUGGUCCGAAUGAUACCAAGGUAUCUGUUUGUGUUACUCCCUUCCGUACACGAGAACGCCAAGGAGGCUAACGACAGACUCUCAUUCCUUUUCAUAUCUUUCCGUCCGUCCAAAUUUGGAAUCUAAAAAUACAGUUUAAAAUAGAAGCUACAGGGUGGGUGGCCCUCAUUUUUUUUCCAAACAAGACACAUAAAACCAAAUUUAAAUGCACAUCAACAACCAGAAGGCAAUUUCCACAACACAUUGUCAACAGAUAAGAUUUAACAAACACAUAACACACACAUACCCGCUCCAACAACCGCAGUUAGACACUCCCUGUGAUAGCAGAUUAAGACAUAAUGCUUACAGGUAACAGUGGCAACAAAAUGGACAAGUUCCUCCUGCAUUCAUGGAGCUUCCAGCUACUUUGGGCUGGUACUCAUGGUAGUUUAAAGUGGAUUUUAUGCAUCUGAUGGGUAAAUGUUCUUUGCGACAUCUACACAUUGUCCUAAUCCAAGUGGCAGUCCGCAUUUCCUCUCAUUUAACUAAUAUUUUCCUUCCAGUAGCACCUUAGAGACCAACUAAGUUUGCUAUUGGUAUGAGCUUUCGUGUGCAUACACACUUCUUCAGAUACAAUAACAAACUUAGUUGUUCUCUAAGGUGCUACUGGAAGGAAUUUUUUUUUAAUUUUGUUUCGACUACGGCAGACCAACACGGCUACCUACCUGUAACUAAUAUUUUCCUGAUCCACUGAUACUGGAGUAAGGGAGGGGGUGGAAUCAUAAAAUCUCAAAUUACCGGAAUGGAUGUUCUGUUGUGUGACUCGACUUUCUUUUUAAACAGGGAAACAGAUGCCUGUGCACACGCCCACAAUAGAGCUCAUGUUUCUGUAACUCAGAAGGUAGAGAACUAGUAGGGUUGCCAUACGUCUGGGAUUCGUCGGUCGAAAAUAAUGUCCAGGCGGAAUUUCCAAAAUUCAGUAAAAAUGUCCGGGGAAACCCGGGCGUAUGGCAACCCAAGUCGGAAGUGUUGGUUUUUUUGCCGAUUUCCCUCAACAAUAGCUCAAAAACUUCAUUUAAAAAAAGAGAUUUUGAGAGAUAAAAAACUCAUCAAAUUUGCUAAAAAAAACCUCAACAACUUUUUGAAAUUUGGCAACCCUAGAACUAGUAACUGAGGGAAAGGAACAUAGCACAAAUACAUGUGGUGUAGUGGUUAAGAGCGGUAGUCUCGUAAUUUGGGGAGCCGGGUUCGCGUCUCCGCUCCUCCACAUGCAGCUGCUGAGUGACCUUAGGCCAGUCACACUUCUUUGAAGUCUCUCAGCCCCACUCACCUCACAGAGUGUUUUGUUGUGGGGGAGGAAGGGAAAGGAGAAUGUUAGCCACUUUGAGACUCCUGAAGGGGAGUGAAAGGCGGGAUAUCAAAUCCAAUUUUUAUUUUAUUUUUAUUUUUAUUGUCCACCAUUCUGGAUGGGAAGCACUGAGAUAGAGUUCAAUUGAAAGUGCUUAUGUGUGGAUGAAUGAGUACAAAGGCACACAUGGAAAAAUCAGAUUUGUGCGAGCCACGUGCACAGUAACACUCUGGUGUGUACACAGCCUCAGGAUUUGUGGCCUUCAGGAAGUAAAGGAUUUUGUUCACAAUCUGUUGCACUUUCCCACACAAGGUUUUUAAGCAGAAUUUCCAGACAGGAAUUCCCAACACUGGAAAGGUAGUGGAAGAGUGUUCCCUUCUUAUGGGUAGGGACACAUGUGACUCAUGAAGUAGCUCUCUUUGUGUUGGCAGUGCAAAAGAGUAGAAAUAAAUUGGUUGCACAUAAUGUGGUUAGGUAUUACAGCUCAUCACCUUUCAUUAUAUUUUUUCAUUUGCUUGUUUUACACACUGUAAACAUUUAUAGCUGGUUUUAUGCUUUCGUUUGUAGAUUAUACAUUGUUUGCAGUAUUGCAAGGCUGAGAUUUAUUCCCUUGUUUGACAAUGAAUGAUGGGCCCAAACAAAUAAAUGAGACUGGCUGACUAAUUGGCUUUAGGGGAGAGUGCAGAAACCCAGCCCUUGGUAUUCUGUAUUCUCAUUUUGUAUUUUUCUGUUGUGAUCUGCCCUGGGAUCUUUGGAUAAAGGACAGCAUACACAUUUAAUUUAAUAAUGAUGAUGAUAAUAAUACAAGAAGUGAGAACAGCACCUUAGACCAGGCAUAGGCAAACUCGGCCCUCCAGAUGUUUUGGGACUACAACUCCUAUCAUCCCUAUCUAUCAGGACCAGUGGUCAGGGAUGAUGGGAGUUGUAGUCUCAAAACUUCUGGAGGGCCGAGUUUCCCUAUGCCUUCCUUGGACUAAGGCAGUUUAGAAAUGCCCACAAUGUUGUUUGUCCCUUUUUUACUAGAUAUUUUAAAAAACAAAUGUGUUUCUAUUUUGAAGAUUUCAGAGAAGUUGAAUAAAUCAUUUGCCUUGGUUGGACCUCUUAAGUUUAUCUUAUAUUCUCAAAGAGGCUGUGACUCAGUGGUAGAGAUGUACUUUGCCUAGAAAAGACCCCAGGUCCAGUCUCUUGCAUCUCAUGCUCAAAGAGGUUUCAGGUAGAACCACCUCUAAUUUAAUCCAUCAGGGAUGUUGCUGGUCAACAUAGUCAAUACUGGGCCAGUCAACCAAUAGUCUGACUUGGUCAGUGGAGGCAAUCUCAGAUUAGGCUGUAAUAUUGAAGAAGUAAUAAUAUUUACUUCAUGGUAAACAAUGAUAUGUUGUGCCAUAAGGCAUAUUCACUUAGUCACCUGCUUUUUGUUGUAGCUCGCAGGCUCCGCACAUAUUUUAAUUUAUUAAGCAUAUGUUUAUAUGCUGCUAUUGAUCAUAUUUUUGUAUGUUGCUGUUCUUGGAAUGAUCUAUUUGGCAUACUUUUGGAAUAUAUGUGUUUCCUAUACAGUGGUAAUUCAGAAUACAGACGCUUCAGGUUACAGACGCUUCAGGUUACAAACUCCGCUAACCCAGAAAUAGUACCUCAGGUUAAGAACUUUGCUUCAGGAUGAGAACAGAAAUCGUUCUCCGGCGGCGCAGCAGCAGCAGCUGGAGGCCCCAUUAGCUAAAGUGGUGCUUCAGGUAAAGAACAGUUUCAGGUUAAGAAUGGACCUCCGGAACUAAUUAAGUUCUUAACCCGAGGUACCACUGUAAUGCCAUUCUUCAUAAGACACUAAAAUACUUAACAUUAAUAAAACUAUAAUGCAAAAAUCAUAAUAAUACAAAGGAAUACCUGAAUAAGGGUGCAGUCCUUUGUGUGUCUACUAAGAAGCAAGUCUCAGUGAGUUCAAUGGAAGCUUACUCUCAGAUAAGUGUGUGUUGGAUUGCAGCCUAAAAUAUUCAAACUUUUGGUUGUGGUCCUCCAUUUUGGAACUCUCUCUGCAUAAGGUGGCCCACAACUGCCCAUGCUGCUAUCUUUUCUGCAUAAAAGGAACUCUUUAGAACCCCAGGCAGAUUUUGUUUGAGUACCUGGGUGUCAAGCCAUUUAGGGCUUUACAGAUAAAGGUAAAGGGACCCCUGACCAUUAGGUCCAGUCAUGGCCAACUCUGGGGUUGCGGCGCUCAUCUCGCUUUAUUGGCCGAGGGAGCCGGCGUACAGCUUCCGGGUCAUGUGGCCAGCAUGACUAAGCUGCUUCUGGCAAACCAGAGCAGCGCACGGAAAAGCCGUUUACUUUCCCGCUGGAGCGGUACCUAUUUAUCUACUUGCACUUUGACGUGCUUUCGAACUGCUAGGUUGUCAGGAGCAGGGACCAAACAAUGGGAGCUCACCCCAUCACGGGGAUUCGCACCUCCAACUUUCUGAUCGGCAAGCCCUAGGCUCUGUGGUUUAAACCACAGCACCACCUGCAUCCCUUCACAGAUAAAUACCAGCACCUUAAAUUAAGGGAAUCAAGGGAAGUAAUAGUGCCACUGUAUUCUGCUCUGGUCAGACCUCACCUGGAGUACUGUGUCCAGUUCUGGGCACCACAGUUCAAGAAGGACACUGACAAACUGGAACGUGUCCAGAGGAGGGCAACCAAAAUGGUCAAAGGCCUGGAAACGAGGCCUUAUGAGGAACGGCUAAGGGAGCUGGGCAUGUUUAGCCUGGAGAAGAGGAGGUUAAGGGGUGAUAUGAUAGCCAUGUUCAAAUAUAUAAAAGGAUGUCACAUAGAGGAGGGAGAAAGGUUGUUUUCUGCUGCCCCAGAGAAGCGGUCACGGAGCAAUGGAUCCAAACUACAAGAAAGAAGAUUCCACCUAAACAUUAGGAAGAACUUCCUGACAGUAAGAGCUGUUCGACAGUGGAAUUUGCUGCCAAGGAGUGUGGUGGAGUCUCCUUCUUUGGAGGUCUUUAAGCAGAGGCUUGACAACCAUAUGUCAGGAGUGCUCUGAUGGUGUUUCCUGCUUGGCAGGGGGUUGGACUCGAUGGCCCUUGUGGUCUCUUCCAACUCUAUGAUUCUAUGAUUCUAUGAUUCUAUGAAGCCUGGUAGCAGAGAGCUGUGGAGCUCUUUCAAAGGUGGGGUGAUUCAUUAUUAACUAGCUGUCUUCAAGGGCAGUUCCACAUACAGUUCUCAAAAGUAAUCCUUUCCGAAAGUACCGUUUGACUUCUGAAACGUUCAAAAACCAAGGCGCGACUUCCGAUUGGCUGCAGGAGCUUCCUGCACUCAAGCGGAAGCCGUGUUGGAUGUUCACUUCUGAAAAAUGUUAAAAAACCGGAACACUUACUUCUGGGUUUUUGGUGUUCAGGAGCCAAUUUGUUCGUCAACUAAGCCGUUCGAGAACCAAGGUACCACCGUAUAAUGUAUUGCAGUAUUCUGGAUGGGAGGUCACUACUUCAUGAUAGCUGUGGUCCCCAUCCAAGAGAGAUUGUAACUGACAUACUAGCCCAAGGUGAAAAUACUUGGCUCUCUAGGGACAAAGCUGAAUCCAGGAAUAUUCCCAGGUGCAAAGCUGAUCCUUCAGGGAAGCGCAAUUCCAUCCAAAAUAGGUUGAACACCAUCUCCUUGAAUGGAAGGAAUUCUGGAUAAACUGUAAGCUGGAAUCUGGGAACUAUUCUAUUAGCUAAACUGAAGGCUUUGUAGCAGAAUGUAUAUAUUCAAAGCACAUUUGUCAAGCUACAUUGAAACUCCCUUUGGAAAUGUCCACUCUCAGGACCAAUACAGCUGAAAUGCUCUCAAAGACAACCUUUAAGCUUGUUUUCUUUUGAAUGCUGUAGUUGGGUUUAUUUAUUUAUUGCUAGAUAUCAUUUACUCUUGAGUUUUCAGAACCAUAAAUCUCCUGUUAGUGGUAAAUCCAAUUAUGAACUCAUCAGGAUCUCGACUGUUUACAAAGAGUGAUUAAUCAUAUAAGCCAUGUGGAAGAAAUAAGCAACUUCUGUGAAAGUAAUCUCAAUGUAUGCUCUUAACUGGCAGCCUUGUGAGCCAGCUGGGUGAAUAAUAAACUGUGAGCUCCUCGAUUUUUAAUUUAUUUUAUUUAAAAAAACACACCUAAAAUUGCAUGAAUGAUUAAUUGUGAUAAGUGCAGAACUCUGCUUUGAAAAGUACUGUUAGAAGUAAUUUUUUAAUGAUCCAGUGAAUGGCUCUUAGAAAUCCACAACCCACUGAGAAUUAAUAGACAUUCUGCUAGUUUUCUGAAAGUCAGUUUACAGGGGAGCAGAGCUCCAUAAUUUUUUUUUUCAGAUCAGAAGCAAUGACAUAAUUGGCCAGAUCUUCGGGGUAACUGAUGGACGCAUAGUCUCUGGCAAGCGACAGAGGCAAUAACAAGGCUUUCAAGUUUCUUUGUGACAGUUUAGCACAGAGGAAGUCGGAGAAUGAGAAAAAUAAUCAAGCAGAGGCCGCAUACUUCUUUCCUUUCCUUUGAUAGAGUUUCUACUUCAUGCCAGCCAUUUGUUAUGCUUUGUAUUGCUGCUGUUUGUUCUCUAUGUGAAUCUAAUCUAUAGAGGGGAUGGAUAUUUUAUAUUGAAAUUGUAUGUUGUGAACCUCCCUGUGAUCUACAGACAAAGGACAGUACAGUGGUACCUCGGGUUACAUACGCUUCAGGUUACAUAUGCUUCAGGUUACAGACUCCACUAACCCAGAAAAAGUGCUUCAGGUUAAGAACUUUGCUUCAGGAUGAGAACAGAAAUCGUGCUCCAGCUGUGCGGCGGCAGCAGCAGGCCCCAUUAGCUAAAGUGGUGCUUCAGGUUAAGAACAGUUUCAGGUUAAGAACGGAUUUCCAGAAUGAAUUAAGUACUUAACCUGAGGUACCACUGUAUACAUCAUCACCGUCAUAAUAGCUGCCAGUAUUUUUGGUCUCUCCUUGGGGCUGCCAUGAUGAACCUCCACUCUUCAAAGUUCACCUCUAGAUUAUUGUUGGCAGAAUUUUAUCUCUUAAGGUCUAAUCUUUGGAAGGCUUCUUUGUGUUCAAGCUUAUAGAAUUGCAGCAAGAUUGUUUCAGCAGACACAGAUGAGUAGGGUAGCUCAGUGGUUGUACAGGUGCCUUGCAUGAGGAAGGCUUGAUCCCUGGUUUUCCCUGUUAAAAAUAUCUCAGGCAGCUGGGUUGGAGGACCUCUGCCUGCGAUCUUUGGAAAGGUGGUGCCGUUCAGAGGAAGCCAUGGUCUAGACCAGGAGUAGGGAACCUGUGCCCUUCAAGAUGUUGUUGAACUCCAAAUCCCAUCAGCCCUAUCCAGAAUGGUCAGGAAUGAUGGGACUUCUUCUCCAGCAAUGUUCAGAGGGCCACCAGUUCCCCUCCCCAUCUGUAGGUGGACCAGUCGUAUCAGCUUCCAAACAGAAUAUGCACCAUUGUCACAUUAAUUUGGGGGUCAACCCUCAAAGUGUAUAGCCUAUUGUAGUUUUUUUCAUUAGCCACUGAAAGUAGCUUGAAACCCAUCAACUCCACCGCUCUGCGUACAGCCUAGUCUUCAUUUCCUGCGUAUGGUUUGGCUUGCUUGCUGCUGCUUCUUCUUUUAAAAAAAGCUCUUUAUGAAAAGGUAGGCCAUAUGACUUGUUAACCGCAAAGGCAAGCCACAUUUUUUACACACCACUAUGAAUCUGUGAAAUGUGGACUGAGUGUUGGUGUGCCCAGUGGGAAGACUCCUCAUGCCAAAGGUAGCCAGAUGUGUUGGACUCCAUCUCCCAUGAGUCCCAGCCAACACAUGGCCAGUGGUCAGGGAUGACGGGAGUGGAACCCAUAACAGCUGGAUGGCAUCAUGUUGGCUACAGGAGAGGCCAUGCACAGAUAAUUGUUUGAUACAAGCAGGAGGAAAUAAAAGAUCCACCCACAAGCAGAGAGACUGUGUGAAUUGGCUGUCAGGUAAAGGUUAAUCACCCUUCAGAAUAAAUCUUUUCUCUCCACCCCCCACCUCCGCCCACCCCCAAAAGCACAAGCAGUUAGGAUGAAGAGAUGUUAAACUGCAGAACAAAACCCUCCAGAGGCCUUCAGUGUAGGAUGGGACAGAUGUGGAGGAGUUUGAAUUCAGGUCCUGAACUCCUGGGUCACUUAGUUGCCCUAGAGAUGCAUCUGGACCAGUCAAAGACGGGAGUACUUGAUCCUUCCCAGCUGUUGCAGUUGUGGAGGAGAUUUCUCAGAUGGCAGCUCUCUUGCAUUAUUCUGCUUCUGAUGACAAGGGAACUUGGUUAUGUGGACGGAUGCUGUGUGCUUCUACUGAGUCUUGUGCAUUGAUUUAACACAUUCUUAUGAAACUGUGGUUCCCAGUGCUGAGCUUGGUGUCCCCAAGAAAGCAGGGCAGUUGCUAAGGGAACAAUAUGUGCCUCCCCACCACCCCUCCAACUCUAUACUGAAUCGGGAGGUAGGAUGAGGAGAAGGUUGGAGGUCUUCUUGUGUUUUUUUGUGGUGUGUACUUUUGUGUUUUGGUAUUGUAAAUGGCCCUGUGAUCUUCGCAUGAAGGGAGGCACAGAAAAUAACAACAACAACAACAAUAAUAACAACAACAAUAAUAACAAUAAUAACAAUGUGAAAUUCUUAAUUACUGAGGGGUGAGAAUAAGACGGGAAUGUAAUUUUGAAGGUCAUGGUUCUCAUGGGUAUACCUAAUAAUUUGGAUUGUUGUGUGCAGAUGUGUUUUGCUUCCAAAAUGAUUGGCAUGGCACCACCAUGGUUCCAGUAUUAGAGGGAAUGGUGCAUAUGCAUACACACACACACACACACACACACACACACACACACGUGUACAUAAGCUGGAGGACAAAGUAAUGAGCAGUGGACACUUUCCUGCUGCCUAGAUGGCUCCAAGGCCUUCAUAUUUCAGCUUGGAACGAGUUACGCUUCAGUUCUUUUUAAAGGAAUUCAGGGCUAUCCACUGGAAUCCAAUCUGCAGGUGGUAUAUUGAAAGUUCCAGGGUUGUAGAGUACUUGCACUUGAAUAUUUGGCCAUUGACUUGGAAAUAGACAUGGGCUGACUCCAGCUCAUUCAGCCGAGUUCUCCUUUGUCAGGGACAAGGAGUAAGGCCAGUGCAGCUGAGGCACUGGAGCCAGCUCCUGAUUAUUUCCAUAUAAAAAUGCUUUGAGUAUAAAUUUAUUUUUCCUCCUCUCUUUUUUCUUGUCAGCCCUAAAUUUAGACUCGUGGAGAAGUUCCUUUGGCAGGGAGGGGAUGGCAACCGUGACAAAAUAGACCUUGUUGGUAGUUUUGAAAGUUCCUAGCAAAAAAGAAAGAAAAGAAAGAACUGGUUUCAUUCAUGUCUCUGUUUUGUCCACAGCCCAACGCUCUGCUCAUGAACUUCCGAUGGUCGAGACUCAAGAUGUUGACAGUUGCUUAGUAUAUGGUGGACAACAGAUGAUCCUGACGGGCCAGAAUUUUACUGCAGAAUCUAAGGUUAUAUUCACAGAGAAGACACCAGGUAUGCUGUUCGUUGUAUUAUUUUUCUAAUUAGGCUGGUCAAGGAGAACCAUGUCUUAUAGGAUUGGGUCCUACAAACGGUCAUUCAAACAGGGCCAGCAUAACCAGAAAUGAAUUACCUUAUUGGAACACAGCAACGCUUUGAUUUCUGACCUGAAUCAUACCUGACCUCAAAAAACAAAACAAAAAUCUUGAGCGUGGACUCAUUGUUUUCCCUAGCCAAACAUCACACAGGUUCAAACAAUGGUGAUGACUAAUAAGAAUACAGCACAUUUCACUCACAUGCAAUUAUAAAGCAGUUAAGGCUGACCCUUAAAGCUCUGACUCAUUUUGGAGCUAGUUAGUAAUAGCUGCCACCCGCUUUGCAAUCUCUCAGGGACCGGCUUCCCCUUCAGAGACGUGCCACAAGCACCUCAUGCAAUUGGUGCUUUUAACCUUCUUUUGUCAUUAUUGUUUGAAGCAGCAGCCAGCCAUCCCCGGUUGGCUACAUUGUAAGCUGGUUCUGAAACUUGCAAGAAGAAGCCUCCAGGGCUGCACAGGAGCUGCUAUUUGGUGGUGGUGGUGGGAGUUGAAAGCCUCAUUGUGCCUGUGUUGGCCAGUGUGCAUGCACAGAAGUGCACACAUAAUGGAGGCUGCUGGCUUUCUUGCCUGAAUUAGGAGGUCCCUUAUAGUGUUUGCUUAAGGUGGCUUUGCAAAGGUCCACAAAGUCUGUUAGCCCACAGUAAAGUAGCCUGCCUGCCCAUGCAUACUCAUCUUAGCCAUUUGUGGAAUACUGAGGGUCAGGGAGGGAGAAGUGAGGAAGAACCAGCUCUCAUCUGCUUCCCUCUAUUUGGUGCCUUGGAGUUGAUUUUUACUCACCACAAGUGACCAGCAGUUUGCAAACAUGAAUUAAUUGAGCUACAAGGCGGAGCUAAGCCUAAGCCUUGCCCCUCAAUAUGCCGCAAUGCCCUGGUCCUUUAUGGAACACCACACUAUUAAAGCAUUACAGAAAGUUCAGUUCGGUUCAGUUUAUUGUGUUUUAGCAAACAGCCAUUACACACAUAGAAAUAAGAAGAACCACAAUUGCUACUAAUUGUGGUUUACAUUUCUACUCCCUGACCUUUAGAGGAUAAAUCAUUUCCUAUACCCCCUUUAAGUUUCGUUACAUGAAUUUGUAGAAUUUCUUAGCAAGAAAUUUGGAUGUUCUAAAGGAUAUAUACGUCUCUGCAUCAGACAACAGAAAGCAGGGCUAUGCAGGAGAUAGCCUUCCCUUCUGCGAUCUUAACAGUGGGUGGAUGUAGUUGUUUCUAAGAUAAAGAGGGCAUUCAAGGAGUACAUGAGUUGUGACUUCUAUUGACAUAGAAUUGCAGCCACAAACUCUGUUCUCCUUAGAAUCUCCUUUAUGUCAGCCCAUCCAAUCUUCUCAUGGAAGGAGGUUUAGUCUUGCCGGCGUAUAGGCUACCCUCCUUUUAACAUCAACCAGAUAGCUUGGCAGGGAUUAAUAGAGUGGUACCUCGGGUUACAUACGCUUCAGGUUACAGACUCUGCUAACCCAGAAAUAGUACCUCGGGUUAAGAACUUUGCUUCAGGAUGAGAACAGAAAUCGUGCUCCAGCAGCGCAGCGGCAGCAGGAGGCCCCAUUAGCUAAAGUGGUGCUUCAGGUUAAGAACAGUUUCAGGUUAAGAACAGACCUCCGGAACGAAUUAAGUACUUAACCCAAGGUACCACUGUACAGUGAAAUGAAGGAAGCAUACAAUUUAUUAGAUUGACAAGUCUUGAUCUCAGCAGUCGAUGAUUGCCUCUUGGUAUCUCUCAGCCUUUGGAGUGUUAGUUCUUUAGCUCUCUCAAAAUCCUGCAUCACAGAAGCAGAAAGAUGUGCUGCUGCUGCUGCUGCUGCUGCAGAAGCAAUAUACUACAGGCAUCGACCAUUUCACACGGGGGGUUCCAUGCCUAGCCCCCAUGUGCAUCAGCGGAACGUGUUCCAUUCCAUUCCAUCUCCAUUCCUCCCUCUUUUGGGUCCAAAAGGACCUGCAUGUCAGCAUCCACACAUCAAUUGGAUGCACCCAUAAUGAUCGCCUCCUGUACUCAACACCAGCUUUUGGAGAGCAACAGCAGGAUAUGGCAGUUGCCUUCAAGCCCUUCUUGUGUGCUUCCUGAAGGCUUCUGACUGAUGAUCUAGCAGGGCUCUUCUUAUGCUCUUAGGGAUGCCUUCUCAAGUGGUGUCCUUCACAUCAUCCAGAGUGACCAUCCCUAAGAAGCAGCCAUUCCUUUAGGCACUUCUGUAUCUUUGUGUUCAGGAAAGAAUGUGUCAUGCUCUAAGAUGACCUACCCACCACCCUUCUCCUUCGCCAGACUAGAUGCAUAAUAUGAGGUGUGUCUUGUUUGCAAACCCUGGCGGCAGAAGGAUGUCCUUUAUACUUGGAAGCACCAUUUUCAAACGUCUUACAAUUGGAGGUCCUGCACAGGUGGAGCACUUAAUGCUAGUUCAUUCAAAUAUAGGCAGAUUUAGAGCUGUCCAUGGCAACUUUUCUUAACAGCGCAGUUUGACUUAGCUUGCAUGUUUCCUACCAGAAUGCUGAUGAGCAGCUCUGAGGGCAAGCAAAGCCACAAUAAACCCACUGUGAGUGGAUUGUGCAUCCUCCUUCUCGGUGACACUGUCACUGCUAAUUUCCUCUUUCAGAUGGCUGAGGCUAAGAAAAGGCCCACAUUUUUAUGAAAGAAAGAAGAAAGUAUGCCAGCACUUGGAGGGGAAAGCAUGCUUGCUUAUCUCUCCAUUUCACUUUGAUGACUCAUGGGGACAUGUACACCCUAGCUGUACUUUCACUCAUCACAAGACCAGACCAGCCACACUGCUUAGUUAACACUAAGCAAAAAGGGAAAAAGCAGUGAUUAUGAUGUGGGCAGUGGUCUUAUAUACUGCAUCCCCCUCUGGGGGAUGCUGCAUAUUUUUGAACGAAGUACAUUGCAUGCCUUGCAGCCUCCCUCCCCAAGGGUCAGGCCACUAUUACCAGAGCUAGGCUGCACAAUUUACCCUUGAUUGUGAAUUCAAGUUAUAUCCCCUUAUAGGAUUGUAUGUUAAUUUAUGUGGGAGGAAGUAAAGAGGUGCAUGUGGGAAUACUGCAGGUGUGAGGAUCAAUGCCUGCUGCUUCCCUCUGGUGACCCAGAAUAUUAUUGAGAAUAAACAGGGCUGGCAUUGGUAUUCAGCAUCGCCAGGCAUCUGGGCAGGGCCCCAGCAGCCCAGCAAGAGCUGUGGUGGCAGCUGGAUCUUGGAACUCCCCAUGCUCAUUUAUUCUCAGUGACCUCAUUGCUCUAGGGAAGUGGCAGCCCACAAAGACCUGGAAUGGUGUUGCAUCAGAGGCAUGAUGGGCAGUGCAGGAUUUACGUAUAAGCUAAACAAGCUAUAGCUUAGGGCCCCACUCUCUUGGGAGCCCCCCAAAAAAUUAAAGGAAAAAAACCUGGAUGUACAUUUCCAAAGUAAAAAACAAAUAAAAUAAAACCUACAUACAGCAACCGUGUUUGGUGUUGUGUAGGCUCCUAUUUGUUAUGUGCAAAUGGCUUUAGAUACCUAUUAGGUCCAUAAAUUACCAUAUAUAUUCAACACACAAAAAACCAGUGAAAAUUUGUUGUUGACAAAGGACAGCUGGACAUAUAAAGGGCCCCAUUACUUUCAGUAGCUUAGGGCCUCAUCAAACCUAAAUCCAGCCCUGAUGUUGGACAGUCACAAUGGUAGGCAGUUUGCAGCUACAAAAGUACCUCGGUUUUUGAACGUCUCUGUUGACGAACAUUUGGGUUUUUGAACACCGUAAACCUGGAAGUAAAUGCUUCAGUUUUCAAACAUGCCUUGGAAGUUGAACAUGCCACACGGCUUCUGCUGAGUGCAAGAUCCCGAGGCCUAGCUGUCAGCUAUUGAGUUUUCUGGUUUUCAAAAGUUUCAGAACUCGAACGGUCUUCCGGAACGGAUUAUGUUCAAAAACAGAGGUACCACUGUGCUUGGCACAUCUCACAGCACUGAUCCUCUAUUGCAAGCAGGUUGGCCAACCGAAAGGCCCACCAGUGUAGACACAGCAGAGAACACUGUGCUGGCAUGGGUCUCAAACCUGGAGCCAGCCUUGAGAACUGAGUCUUCUCCUAUCUGCACAGCUCUAUCCUGGGUUUUGUUUCUUGGACUCGCAGGAAAGUGACAGAACGUUGCCAACAGGCUUCUAUGUAAGUGGAUAGCUUAGUUAUGGAAAAGUCAUAUGGGUAGUGGAAAUCUCAAAUGAAUUCAAUCUUCAUUCCACACCACACAGAUGUUGAGAGUUGAUGCAGUGCCCCAGCUAAGAGGGUGAGCUUUGCAAGUCCAUAGUCAGAAUCUCAGCUCAGCCUUAAAUUUACUGGGUGACCACAGGCAGUCCAUUAUCGUUCAACAUCAACCCUCUUCCUUGUCCUCUGUAAUGGGGGAUAAUAUUGUCUGUCUGUCUUAUAGGGUGCUUGUAAGGGUUAUGAAGUGGAUGCAUGUGCAGUGUUUGGAACAUGGGAUGGAGAGUUUUUCCUAAUCUCCUUGCCUCUCCCUCUCUACACCCUAUGCUCAAAUCUAUCAUUGAGGUCAUUGCUUCAAGCAAAGCUUAAGUCCUGGCCAAGACUGAAGUUCCAAACUCAGCCCCUGUUCCCUCAUACCAGACACAGCCCCCAAGCCCUGAAAAAGGAGGGGGCAAGAAGCAGUGAAUGCCUUUGAAGGCGCAGAUAUGUGUCCAUAAGUCUUCAGUAUAUGGAACCUCUGGCAGUUUCUCUUAGGCCACUUCUAAAUUUAAUCAGAAAAAGUAUCAUUUCUAAGUUCCAAAUGCCUGCUGGAGCAGAGAGAGAGAGAGAAAAAAAGUUAGGUUAUCCUUCCACAUCAUAGGGAUCUCAAACCUGAAAGUGCUGUAGGUUCUCAGUUUGCCAUAUAUCAAUCUUGCGCCUUGAAAAUAACUGACCCUUGCUGUGUUGAUUUGACCACACUACAUAUUAAUGAGAUCAGCAAGCAGCUUAUAAAAAGACACAGUCAUUCUAAGCCUGGCACAGGAAAUGAUGGAAGGAAGCUCUGGGGAACUGGGAGUUUGCAAGUUUGAGAGCUAGCAGCAACUGAAUAAAGCAAUUGUUUUCGGGAGACCUGUGUGUGCACUGCACAUGUAGCAUGUUUAUUUAUGCCCAUCUGCGAAUGAGGCAUAGUGUGUUGAGUUGCACAUUGCGCACUUAAACGAACGUUGCAAUGAUUUAGCUGCUUACCCGCUCCUCCAGGUGGGUGGAUAGGAGUAACAAUUGCUUCUGGGGAAGUGUAACCCUUUUGGCCAUGUCUGGAUUCCUAAGUUACUGCAUCAGCUCUCAAAUACCGUGUGCUGUGGAGUCAUUUGGCAUUUUCGCUAACCGGUGAUUCUUUAGUUAACUACUGUGUCUAUUUAUAUAGAAGCCACUUUCCAUUGUUCAGUCACACUCCUGCUUGACCAAGAAAGAAAACCCAGGAUAGGCCUGUAUAAUAAAUAGAAUAGCCCUGAAUGACUGGGGAUAAGUAUGGCUUUCACACCAACGGCACCCCCUGGUGCACUCAAAUAUGUGAAUGCUGGCCAUUCACUUUUCUAUGGAAGAGUAGAGAGCUGCAUUUAAAGAGACUGGCCUCUAUGCCUGUCCUCUUUCCAUGUGAACAAGCUGCAUGACCCUCAGUGUGGUACAAGGUUCUGUUCUGAAUGCACACACACACACACACAGAGAGAGAGAGAGAGAGAGAGAGAGAGAGAGAGAGAGAUGUGCAGGAACAGUACCUGCCACAAUGAGUGGCCUGGCAAGCUGCAAUGUAGUCAUAGAAUCAUAGAAUUGCAGAGUUUGAAGGAAUUCAGAAAGUAAAGAACUGUGGAUUCUUCAUUCGUCUGCUAUAGCCAGUGUGGUGUAGUGGUUAAGAGCGGUAGACUCGUAAUCUGGGGAACUGGGUUCGAUUCCCCACUCCUCCACAUGCAGCUGCUGGGUGACCCUGGGCUAGUCACACUUCUCUGAAGUCUCUCAGCCUCACUCACCUCACAGAGUGUUUGUUGUGGGGGAGGAAGGGGAGGAAGGGAAAGGAGAAUGUUAGCCGCUUUGAGACUCCUUCGAGUAGUGAUAAAGUGGGAUAUUAAAUCCAAACUCUUCUUCUUCUAUAUAUAUAAACAAUAUCCACUUAGUCCAAUCCAAUAUAAUAACACGCAACAAAGUCACUUUCUGUGAACAAACAUUACCUUCAAACCUCAAUUCCAAAUAUCAUUAUUUCUUUUUCAGGCAGGGCUCUUCUUGGGUUCUUACAACAGCUUUCCUUAACUAAUAUUUUCAUAUCUGCCCUAUUCUUUUGACUCUUUAAUUGGUUUUAACAGAGUUUGACUUUGUAUUUAUCAACUGUUGUGACCCGCUUUGAGAUCUCAUUGUGGAGGGUGCGUAAUUAUUUCAAUAAUAAUAAUUGAUCAUUAUGCACAAUCUUCACUCAUCUCUGUCGACAACAUGGACUGAUGCAGGGUUUAAUGAAAUGCUCUGCAUGUUCUGGACUACAGGGAUUAGAAGUGCUAAAACAUCAUUUCUGGUCCCUAUAUUUAUGGCUGUCUGGAUCUGCUCCCAGAUCCACUAUAUUCCAGGGCAUGGCAGAACGAUGGAGCUCUGGUAUGUGGGGGCGAGGAGAAUAAUAAGGCAAUGGAGGAACAUGUAGACUCCCUUUCCAAGGCCAGACAUAUAAUGCUAUCAUCACCGUGGAUAGAUAUGCAAAGCCGUGACACUAGGCAGCAUGAGAUUUAUUUAUUUUUUACCUUUUUGUUGUGGCCUCUAGUGUACUUGGCAGCAAGGAAAAGCUUUCCUGUAAUGCAGCCAGCAAGUGUCAGAAGGAGAACGGGGGAAUCCCAGAAAAAUAUUGCAAAACUUUGGGGGAGGGGGGUCUUAUUAUGAAGACAAACAUAUUUUUUUAAAAAAAGAGUGGCCGUGGAAACUGUGUUGCCAUAGCUGAAAGAGAAUCACUGAGACAGGGUGGAAUCCAGUGUUUUGGAAGGUCUCCCCGCAUGACACAUGGUUUUGGAAUUUUGCAGCUGGUAAGCAAGCCCUCAUUAACAAAGGCAGCUACUACUGGCCUAGAUUCCCUGGCUAGCUUUCCACUAUGGGGGCGCCUAGAAACAAGCCUGUCUGUGAUUACCCAGCUUUGCAACGUGUUUGUUUAAAGACAAUGAUUGCUUUUUAAUUCAUUUGUCUUGGAACGGACAAAAGGCAGAGGCAGGGAGAGGGACCAUCUUCUAUCACCUGUUGAAAGCUAAUUGAUCACAUUAAAAAACCUGGCACAAGGAUUGGAAUUCCCUCUUCUCCCACUUAGUCAUCCCAUCCUGGUGUGACUCAUUUUAUUACAUGGAGGUUCCCAGUGGUUUUAUUUUGAGUGGAGCUUUUGUUUCGUGAAGUGUUGGUGCGUUUUAUUCUUUAGAUUUCCAUCUAUUUCCAUGAAUUGGCAAAAAGACAUUAGUCAAAAGCAAUGCUGGAACUGCAUUGGCCCCUGCUGUUUCACUACUCAGCUACUGUUGUUAUGUUUCGUGGUGGCUUUAGCUGAAUUUUUCAAACAAACGGCUGAGGGAGGAAGCCCCUUUAAACUUGUUCUCUUGGUGCAAAAUGUCAGUUUUGGGGCUGGGCUACAACUUGGAUGACUAACGCCCCUGGCCCUUUCCCAACCAUAUCUUGACAUACAUCUUUGGCCUCCAUGAAUCAUCGUUGACUUCUCUCUCAGUGAAAUUAAAACAUUGGCCGCAGCUCAACAUCAGACCAGCUUAAUUGGCUAUAAUGGGCCAGUCUCUUGACCUACAUGAAUCAAACAAGCCCACCUCAGGACCCAGUCCUUCUGAAGAAAUAAAACAGUCUGUUGGCUCACCAACAUCAAAUUCUUUUAAGCUGCGGUAGCUUCUCUAAAGUUACAGAGUUACUUCUUGUAGGGCAAGCAAGAAGGGGAACAUAAGAACUGCUAUGCUGGAUCAAAUAAAAAUUCUGUGCAGUCCGGAACAUCUGCCUUCCACAACCUCCACUCUCGGAAAUGUAAGAAUCAGAGCAUGAUGGAUAUGAACAACUCUGUUCAUGCAUCAUGGACGGCUAAUUGCACCUAACUGGUGACUCUGGGUAGAGAUUCACAUCUUUAUAUGAACUGAAAGAUGCAACCACCUUCUGGGUAGUGGUGCCUGCCCUGUGGAAUGCCCUCCCAUCAGAUGUCAAGGAAAUAAACAACUAUCUGACUUUUAGAAGACAUCUGAAGGCAGCCCUGUUUAGGGAAGUUUUUAAUGUUUUAUUGCUUUAUUAUUAUUAUUAUUAUUAUUAUUCUGUUGCGAGCCACCCAGAGUGGCUGGGGAAACCCAGCCAGAUGUGUGGGGUAGAAAUAAAAAAAUAUUAUUAUUAUUAUUAUUAUUAUUAUUAUUAUCCAGCCAGUUCAGUGGGGCCUGGAUAAGGCUUGCAAUGAAGGUGAAUGUAAGAAUCGACUGUGCACCCAAGAGACUGAUUUUGUAUAAGGCUCAUAAGAAAGUUGUCUUGCGCUGAGUCAGACCAUUAGGUCAGACCAAAUUCUGUAAUUCCUGCUGAUGUGACUCAGAGGAAUUUCAUCAGCUGCAGUUGACAUUUCUCCCUCAAAGAUGACUGAAGUCUUGCUCACACUUUGUGGUACCACGCUGUCGCCCUGAUCCUAAACCCCCAUAUAGUUUCACAGGUGUUUGUGUGUGUGGAAUUGCGUGUCCAAAAUUACCCAGGCUUCACUGUGGAAAGAUAGAAAUGCCUUCAAGUUGUGGAGCAAAAGUACUGAUGCAUUUGGAGAGUAGCUAAGGUAUGUUUCAAGGUGAGUUAAGGCCAGCUCUGAAAUCUGGUGGCAAAACAGCUGGUCUGCCAUUCCCCAUCUCUACUACCGCUCUUCAAAAUACUUCAUAGUCUGUUACUGUUACCUUUGCAACAUCUAUGUUCACCAUUACUCCCAUUUCAUAGAUGAGGAAUUGAGGCCAAGAAGAUGGGCCGCAAGCCAGUUUAACUAAGCACCAGUUGGGAGCCUUGCCAGUGGCUUUUGUGAGAGGUGGAUUGUAUCCAUAGCAAAUUUUGGUCCAGGGCCAUAGAGGAAGACUCUGGCAGAGGUGGGACUUGGACCCAGAUUGGUCUCCCUCAUUGAGGCUCCGAUUUGUAUUGUUUGGAGCAGAUGUGCUAUUGGAAGCUGCAAGCAGACAGCUCCUCCACAAUGCGUUCAGUAAACGUUACUUACUUUGGACAUUUCAUUUGACAGCCUGUCAAGUCUCUGCUGUGAAAACCUCAGAGUGAGCUUGCGAGAAAUGCAACGAGAAUUUCCCAAACCUCCCAGUCCAUCUCUCAUGCCAGCUCAGCUAAGCUGCGGCAGAACCUACGUUUUUACUGCCAUUUCACAAACCCGUAGUAAUGAGUAAGGGACCGUGAGCAAUGUGUACAGGCUCGGCGGACCCUUUAAUUGGCUAAUUAAGCCAAACAACUCUGAGGGUACUGUAGCAGAUCAAGCAGGAUUUACCUAAUGCAGACUGACAUCUUGACUUCCCUCAGAGUUUGGCACAAAACUUGUGGUCCGAUCACAGCUCGGGAUAGACGGGAUAGAAUUACACUUUUUCUUAAAAACUCCUUUCUUUCUGUAGAGAGUUGCUGACACCAUCAGAUCUGGUGCUGGAGCUUAAUUUCAUAUUAAGUCUCCCGGUGCCAAAAUACGUUGCUAUACUGUAGUAUGGAGUUAGAAGUGUUGCCCAACAAAGGCUGGCUUGACGUGUACUUAGCGUGCCACAGUCUGAUUUUUUGGGUAGGUAUAAUGGUUCUCACCACACUUACAAGUGUGCCUUGUGUGUUCCAAGUAUAUAUUCCAGUAAUGCACAUCUGAAAGACAGACAUGAGUUCCAUGCAUAUCAAAACCCAGGGGCUUUUAGGGCAUAUCCAUACCACAAACCUACAAUGGGUUUAGAACACAUUUGUCCACCAGUUAUAUCUAUAUUCUAUUUUUUAGCUAAGAUUGGCUCUCAGAUUGGCUUGCAAUUAAAAUCCAUACAAAGGACACAAUCAAAACAUUUCUACAUAAUUCAUAAGAUCCAAAAUAAAGAUACAAAAAAUCAACAAUGGUAACCCUCUAAACAAUAUCCAAGCCCAAGAGUCUGUUCAGCAGCAUCAGCCUUCGUAGUUGGAGUCAGUCUGGGUCCUGCCAGGUGGGAAAAGGCCUGCAAGGCAGGGAGAAGUUCUACUAGGAUUUAUAGCUAAGAUGAAUAUAUCAUUGUUAUAUUGGCUGUCAUAUUGUGGUACUGAUUUUCCUUCUAGCUAAUUUGGGUUUCCUUUUGGGAAAGAAAAGCAGGUUAUACGUGGAACGAAAGGUCCCAGCCCACACAAGCAUCCCAUCUGCUUAUUUUAUACCAGUCUGAUGUCAUUUGUUUAUUUCAACUUUUUGUACCCAAAUUUCCCCCAGUCCCUCGGGGUGGCUCACAUCACCACUUAAAUUUACAACAGCUACAACAUCCCACUUUCUACAUGCAGUAGAAGCAAGCAAACGAAUUAGUCAGCCAUAUACCUUGAAACAAAAAUCUGAAUGGCAGCAAAAUAAGAACCAAAGAACAGGAGUGUCUAGACAAAUCUCUUUGGAGGAAAGGACACAAGGAAUUGCCUUAUAUUAAGUCAGGCCACUGAUCUGUUAAGCUCAGUACUGUUUGUACUGACAGUAGUUCUCUGGGGUUUCAGAGAUGGAAUCUUUCCUGAAAAUGCGUGGGAUUGAACCCAGCACCUUCUGCAUGCAAAGCAGAUUCUGUACCACUGACCUGUGGCCCUUCCCCAAAGGGGAACUACAGAAAGGGGUUCUUAAUAAUAAUAAUAAUAAUAAUAAUUUUUUAUUUAUAUCCCGCCCUCCCCAGCAGAAGCCGGGCUCAGAACAUUAAAAUGAUACAACAUUCUAAAAUCAUUUCAUUAUAAAAUCAGUUCAAAUCAGAUUAAUUGCAACCAUUGGGCUAGAGUUCUGUGAGGAUUGCCAAAGAAGGGGGUCAGGCUGUGCCCUGGUGGAACAGCUCUGUCUUGCAGGCCCUGCGGAAAGAUGUCAAGUCCCACAGGGCCCUAGUCUCUUGUGACAGAGCGUUUCACCAGAUUGGAGCCGCAGCCGAAAAAGCCCUGGCUCUGGUUGAGGCCAGCCUAACCUCUCUGUGGCCCAGGACCUCCAAGAUGUUUUUGUUUGAAGACCAUAAGGUCCUCUGUGGGGCAUACCGGGUGAGGCGGUCCCGUAGGUGCGAGGGUCCUAGGCCAUAUAGGGCUUUAAAGGUUAAAACCAGCACCUUAAACCUGAUCCUGUACACCACCGGGACCCAGUGCAGCUGGUAUAGCACCGGGUGAAUGCGAUCCCGCAGCAAGGACCCUGAAAGGAGUCUCGCCGCGGCAUUCUGCACCCGCUGAAGUUUCUGGGUCAGUCUCAAGGGCAGCCCCACGUAGAGCGACUUAAAAUAAUCCAGUUUGGAGGUGACCGUUGUGUGGAUCACAGUGGCUAGGUCAGGGCGAGAGAGAUAAGGAGCCAACUGCUUAGCUUGGCGGAGAUGAAAAAAUGCCGCCUUUGUUAUAGCUGCAAUCUGCGCCUCCAUGGAAAGGAGCCUCUUCUCCUUCAUAUUAAUAAUUGGUGUUCUCAUAGCUACUCCCCACCCCCAAGAAUCCUAGCAAUUGCAUUGUGAUGAGAGUGCUGAGAAUUCUGUUAGAGGUUACUUGCCUCUCCUUACAGAGUUACAGUUCCCUGGGAAGAAGGAAGGGCUCUUAAACCAAUUUGUCUAUUCUGUGCAAGUCAGCCUUAGGUUUUGUAACAGAUAAAUCCUAGCUACUUUGUCGAUGAUGCAUCAUAUCAGCCAAAAUUGCUUUGCAAGAAUAUGUACGUUAGGGAGAAUUGCUUACAAAAACGUGUGUAUUAGGAGAAAUUGAGACCCAAAUGCUGAUGAAUUUCCACGAGGACUUUCUUAAAAAAACAAUUCCACCAACUGAUUGGGAAGCGUGGAGACCUGCCUUGGAAUGGGUGUUUCCCAUACUUGGGUCUCCAGCUGUUUUUGAACUACUAUUCCCAUCAUCCUUGACCACUGGUCCUGCUAGCUGGGGAUGAUGGGAGUUGUAGUCCCCAGCUGGAGACCCACAUUUUGGAAAUACCGGUCUAAGUAAACCAUGUCGUCCAAGAAUGCCUACAGCUAUCUCACUGUGACCCUCUCUACCACCUUCCUUAGGAAGGAGAUGCCUGCAAAUGAUCAGUACUUAGUCCAAACAAAAGGGCCCAGGGCCAGUUUCUUUAGGAGUGACCAUAUCACCGCCUCUUCCAAGGGGACAGGGGCCACCCACUCAUGCAGUGAGUCAUUGCCCGUGCUCUAGAAAUAACCAGUCAGACCCCCUCUGUUGAUAAGCCAAGAGUGACAGGCAUCAAGAGAGCACGUGGUUGAGUGUAUAGCCGCAAGCCCUUUGUCCACAUCAUCAGGCUGCAGAAACUGAUUCCACAGCACAAUCACACACUGUGGCACUGGGUACUUCAGUUAUAGCUGCAAAAACUACAAGUAAAGCUGACAGUUUUACAGAAAAGGAAACAGAAGAACCCAAGCUGGAGAAUGUAGGAAAGUCCUGAUCAGUGACGCCCAAAGGAUAACUCUUUAGGCCCCUUGCACAUAGAUUGCAAAGGUGGAUGAGUUUGUAGUAGGGUGCAAAGCCUCAUCCCAUUGCCCAGAGAAACUUUGUGUUCAGCAAAUUUGUAUCCCACCUUAAACAGAGGUUGCUAAGUGGCUCACCUGACAAUAUAAUAAUCCGAAUAAUCUGAAACAGGCAGCUGGCUAUCAGCAAUGCCAGAAUUUUAAACCACUGCAUAAAACUCUUCUUUAAAAAAAUCACCCCAUUUCCUUCCAAGCAGCAGUUUAGUAGUAGCCAGAAGAAAAAAAUGUAACACCACAUUUUAGCAACAACAGAAACAGAAUUUGUUUCUUAAAUUCAUAGGUCCCAAUUCAUAAAAUCCUUUAAAUGUCAAAAGGUUAAAUGGGGCCUGGGAGUUAAUUGAAUAAAAAUUGAAUAAAUAACAUAAGACACAUUUUUAAAAAAUGUAAUAAACAAUAUCUGAAAUAUUAAGCACUAAAUUCACACCUAUUUCACUUUCCCCUGCCUAGCAGCUGCUGCUUCACAACAAACAAUAGGUGACAGGGUGGCCAUUUUGCUCUCUCUCCCAGCAAAACAACACUGAUUUCUUAAAUUUAUUCUAGCCUCGUCUAUUUUGCCAUAAACUCGCAGCAGUGCUAAUAUUCAGAGAUGUUAAGGGAAAAGCAAAUAUUGACUAUCUAAAAUUAGGACUUGUACACUCAAGAUUAUAAAAGCAAAGCAGCAAGCCAGAUGGAACAUUGUAUUUAAGCAGAAAGGUCAGUACAAUUGCUGCGAGGUGUUUACUUUUUAUAUGAGGGUACCAUAUUUGAAGAAGCAGAUUUGUCCCAGGCAACAAAUUUGCUAGGGAAACAUUUGCCGGCUAUGCUCAUUGAUGCAUCCGUGUAGAAUUAUCUGCCAUUAUCAUUAGAAGCUUGUACCAUAAAUCAAUGAAAAAAUAAUCAAUUAAGGGGUGUGUGUGUCAUUCCAUAAACCAAUGAAAACCUCAUCCAUUGUGUAUGUGUGGGGGGGUGUCAUUUCAUCUAUCUUGAUCAUACACCUCCUGUGGACUUUGGGGUUAAUCUAAACGUCAUCUGGUUAUGCUCAACAUUUUUGAUUCACAAGGUUUUAUUAGUGCCAUCCCAGGGGCUUGGUCAGUAAAUGAAAUCAAAUGUUUCUGUGGCUUUAGAAUGAUUCACUGGUCUCUUGAGUACUGAAUCUGAUUUUGCAGGCGGUGGCUGGUUGGUGUUAGAUCUGUGCUUGUGACUAUGUUUGUAAGGCUGAGUGUUCACAUUCUGCAGACUAAAGUUGCAACGAGGUGGUAAAUUUAUUUGCAAGGUUUAAAACACAGAGAAGGAGUAGUAUUGAAAAACUGAAUCUUCUGCCUGUAGCCUAAAGUGGUUCGAUCCAGUCUCAUUUCAGGAUUAUAUCUUUUUAUUCUAUGGCAUGUGUCAUUCAGGACAACUCCUUCCCAAAAUACCUAGGGGGACCUACUUUUCCCUCUUCCUUCCAACUUCCCCUCAAAGCCCAACUUUUCUGUAAAGCAUGUGGGAUAAUCACCUCUUAGUCCCCAUCUCCAAUUAAAAUGCAGCAGCGUUUGGUUGCCGUUCCUUUUUUUUACCCUUGCUUCGGCUAUCUUGGGCACUGUUGAAAUGUAGAAUGCAAGCUCCUUGGGGGCAGAGACCUGUCCAAUACACACACACACCCAUUCAUGUUUACUAUGUGAAACCUGGUCCAUAGGUGCAUUAUAAAGCAAUAGUAAUUGUCCCACGCAGAAGGAGAAUAAAUUAUGCAAAGCAAGUAAGUGCAAGCAAAGGUUGCAGAAUUUUCAGGACAUGGGUUGCAGAAUUCAGCUACCGGUAAUGUCGGCACAGAGUUAUGCUAUUCUCGCCAUCAUCAUCCUGGGUUUAAAUGUCUGCCCAAUGUUUAGUCUGUUGUGUUGCUGUCUAGGUCACCUUGACUUAGCUGAAUGUGUGCGGCAACACUGUAAUUAACCUGUUUCAAAAGCUAACUGUUCACUUGGGAUGAGCAGCUGCUGUGCUUGCCCUGGGUGGUUUGGUAGCGAUGCAGCAAAACAUUAUUAAAAUUUGGAAACCUUACAUAUUAGCUGACUUCAGAAACAAUGGAGUACUUUGUGCCUGUGGGGAACCCCCUGUUAGGAAGGGCCGGGGUGUAAACUGCAGUCACAACGGGGGUAGUCCCAGAGGUCCUUCUGACUCAGACACAUCUGAGUCAUCACUCUUCUUCUGCCUCCCCCUUCCCUCUCUUCUCCACCAAUCCCAAGGGGCAAUGAUUAUACUCCAGGCUUUCAACAAUACUGAAAUGACUUGCAUGUUUCUUCUUUUGAAUUGGUCAUUCCAGAUCAUCAAACUAAACCCUUUUUCCUUACCACUCUCUAGAAAACACCCAUACUUAUUUCAUGUUAUCCAGAGUGAGCUCUGAAACCUUUUGCUGGCUUAACUCAGAGAGGAACCCCCCAGUACCAUAAAUACCUCUGUGACACCUGUCAGGUGCUGCUUGCCUCCUAAGCUAUCCUGCAGGGACUGGAGAAAUUGCAGGUACUUGACGUCAUCCCACAGAGCAACAAUUAAAGGAACAGAAGUAUCAGCUAAUGAGUCCAUCCUGUCAAAGCCAUUCCCACCCCCCCAAAGCGGUGCAGUGCAACACAGUCUCCCUGUGACUCUCUUGCCUCUCCCUGCUCCAGGGCAAACUCCUGCCUCACUGUUUCCUUUCUGCAAAUUCUUAGAAACAGCAGAGGUGGUAGUAAAUUUGUAUCUGGCCUGCACCACUUCAGAACUGCAGGCGAAUGUCUGCAUGAAUGCUCCCGCACACAAAUAAUUAUUUGCCCAUAGAAAAUUAGCGUAAAUAGGGAGGCGGCCAGGCUGAACCUUUCCUCCCAGAUGCCUUAAAAAAAAAAGGGAAUUUUGUCUCAUAUGGUCAGGCAAUGUCCCAUCUGCAGCCUGAAGCGAUUCAGUGCAGAAACGAAUUAAUUGCUUCUGGCACAGCCUGGUUUGAAGCAAGUUUCUAAUCUGGGAAUAGAAAUCUCUUUCUGAGAACUAGCUCCUCGUUGUCGCGGUUGAGAAUUAAGCGUGCAUAACUAUGGAUGCUUAUAUAUCCACCUCUGCCGGAUUCCAUCUCAGAUACUGAAGUUCCGCUUCACCAGAUAAAGAUAAAUUUACUAGUGCUGUGAUGCAAGCACUGACCUCAUCAGAGGCGAGGCAGGCCGCUCAGCAAGUCUUUUACUCUGACAGAGCAGGAGAUGUUCUGGUUGUACUGGGGCUUCUGUGAUGGGGUCCUCCAAGCCAGAGGACAUCAAUGUGACAUUCUCAGGCCAGAGGAACACUGGUGCCACAGGCUCUUCUGAUGGAUGUCUUUCUGGAGUUGACCCUUCAUGCACUUCCGCUUCUGAGUUCUCAAUCUGAUGCCCUGAAAGAGGAAGAACAGUGCUUUCUCUACCUACUAUGGUCCUAACAACCCCCUCUCCCAGCACCCAUUAGGUCUAGAAGGCAAUCUCCCAGAGCCACUGAUGGAGGCCUACCUUUCAGCUUGAACAGCCACCACAGAAAAGACAGUCUUCAUUGGUGCAGCGUCAGAGGUGGAAAGGACUAGCCCCACAUAUCAUGUGCUGCAGUCCUGGCAAAUACCAGCAUGUCCCUGUGGUAGCUAUUCAUAGUUCUUUUUUUAAAAAAAACAACAACAACCGUGGCACAUCAGGAGACAUGAUUAGCAUCCCAUCUCGUUUGGCCCUUAGUCUCUUGUAUAAACAUAUAAUUUCCAGAAUUUGAGAAUCAGCACAGCCUGACAGAAAAUGCUAGACUUGGAUCCAGAAGUUGCCAGCUGAAAUCAUUGUUUAGCCAUAGACUUAUCCUAAAUCCAGCACUGUGCAGUUUAAUUGUGCUGUUUAAUACCAAUUUGUCCAUUUGCUUUAACUUGAAAUGUAAAUUAUUUCCAACAGCAGUCUUACAGUUCACUGUUGAAUGCCUGACGCCUGCUACCUUAAAGCAUUGUUGCAUUUUAGUUUUUCCCCCUCCGUUAUUAAGCAACCUACAUAUGCAAUCAUGCAUUACUUAUACGUUGAAUAUUUUGUCUGGUUGGGCUUUACCUUGUGAUCACUGGACACUGCACAAUGGUAAAAACCAAAGCAAACAGAAAGCCAAGCAAACCAGGACUGGUUUUGCAGUUUUAUUUUUUUGCCUUUGGACAGUCAUUUGACAUAUGCAAAAUGGGAAAUAAUUGACCAGGUGGCACUAUCGUUGAGAAGGAACAAAGGCUUUGAAUGAGCCACACACUAAGAAGAUGAAUUGUUUUUUAAAAGGCAAAUGGUUUUCUUGGGAGCAUUAAUAGAAUUGGGUAGGUAGAAGGUGAUUUUCCAUUCCGUUUAGCACUAAGCCAGCUCUUUGCAUGAAUGUACCUGGGUGCAAUCCAGGGAAGUUUAAGCAUGUUUUAAGUGCCAGUGAAAUAGCUGUGUAAGUUGUGAAGACUGCACCUAAUAUGCUGACGAAGAAGAGAGGAAGGAAAGAACCUGGUGUAGGGUCUUAAGAGCAACAAGGAAAGGGCUGGAGGAACUAGGAAAAUUUUAGCUCAAGGAAAAGACCAGAGUGUGUGGGAACAUAAUAGCAAUUUGAAUAUUUGUAAAAGGGCUGCUCAAAGCAGGAUGCUGAUCGUGGGUUUUCUUUCUUUCUUUCUUUCUUUCUUUCUUUCUUUCUUUCUUUCUUUCUUUCUUUGACACUCCACUGAGAGUGGACCAAGAUAUGAAUAACUGAAAAACUGGUGAGGAAAUCUGUGACUUGGGUAGCAGAUCUUCCAGGAAACACUUGUUAGUAGAAGCCUUUGAAAAAGCUUGGCAGAAGCAGCGAAACUCCAGCAAGCACAUUUUUGUUGUUAUUAAUCUCUGCUGUUGUUAUGGAAAUGCUUAGGGUGGGUGGCCAUUAAACGUAUUUGCAAUCAUUUAUUUAUGAAAAUUUUGCUACCACUCCAAGUAGUCAAAGGUUUAUAUUUUCACAGCUGAGCCAAAGCCUUGGCCAGUGUUGGUGAGUUGGUAGGGUGACCAACCUUAUGUAUGUUUGUCCAUUGUAUUUUGUGGGGCUUACUUUCAGGUAAAUGAGCAUAGGACUGCAACCUGAAUCUUGAUGUUCUGCAGCGUUUGAAUCCUACCUUUGCCAGGAGGUCACUAGGCAAACUGCUAUGCUCUCAGGCUUAGCCUUCCACUUGUAAUGUAGGGAGAUCUCGUUUUGCAAAGUUGUUGUAAGAAUGACAGCAAGAGAACGCAUACAAAAUACAGUGGUACCUCGGGUUAAGAACUUAAUUCGUUCCGGAGGUCUGUUCUUAACCUGAAACUGUUCUUAACCUGAAGCACCACUUUAGCUAAUGGGGCCUCCUCCUGCUGCCACACCGCUGAAGCACGAUUUCUGUUCUCAUCCUGAAGCAAAGUUCUUAACCCGAGGUACUAUUUCUGGGUUAGCGGAGUCUGUAACCUGAAGCGUCUGUAACCUGAAGCGUAUGUAACCCGAGGUACCACUGUACUUUGGACAUGUUAUGGUGCUGUAGUGGUGAGGAAGAGCGUCACCCCCUUUUUUCAUGCUUGACUUAAUAUUUCUUUCAGAUGGGCAACAGAUUUGGGAGAUGGAAGCCACCGUGGACAAAGAUAAGAGCCAACCUGUAAGUAGUGGGCACUCAGCACAUUCUCCCACUUCUCCUUCAGGUACCAGGUUUCAUUCUGUAGCAGCAGAAAUGCCUCUGAACACACAAAGGCUGCAAUCCAGUUGGAACUGGGUGCAUUGUUGCAGACAUUGGGAUCAGUGGAAUAAUUUUGUUUACUCAUUAGAGUACUUGCACAGGCUGCCUUUUAGCAAACGGUUCUCAAAGUGGUUAACAAAAGCAUGUUUCGAUAAAGCUUAGGCACUCUGUUUUGGAUUGUAGCCUAAGCACACAUGUUGUGGCCUUAGUGUGUUUCCUCAUGGUUGGGUUCGCUAUUAAGCAUAUUCACGAAACACUGGUCAGACUCGUAUAGGCUGUGAUCUUGCAAAACAGAGAUGUGUGCAGUUUCCCCACUGCUGGCCACUUAAAUCCAGCACCUCUCUACUGUGUUAUCCAAACGUUCUUGCCCAGUUACUAGUAAUGGAACUUCACAUUCUCCUGGGUUUCUGCAGUGGUAACUCUUCCCUACUUCUAGGUAGCUAGAAUCUAAGCAAGAGCUAGAGGUCAGUGAGAAUCUACCCAAAAGUAGGUGCAGUCUACAUGAAAACAGAACUUCCCAAGGGUAGAACUUAUUUGCCACCAGCAUGUAAAGGAAAAAAUGUCAGGCAAAAUAUACAAGGCAAGUUAAUAGAAACAGGGGAAACUGGAUAAUUUGUCAGGGCAGGAUGGUUGUCUUAAGGUUAGAUUAUGGCUAUAGUAAGGAAGGAAGCGUGCUUCAGAUUUUCUGCAAGAUCGGCUACAUCGUAACUGGAAAAGCAAUACUCCUAGUACAUCCCAUGACAAAUGUAUUAACAAAGGGUACUGAUAUAAACAGAGUGCCUUCUAAUAUCAUAUUACUGUAUCUUCCCCACACCCAUUUUAAAAAUUACUUUCAGAAUAUGCUUUUCGUGGAGAUACCAGAAUAUCGGAAUAAGCACAUUCGUUCUCCCAUCAAGGUGAAUUUCUAUGUGAUCAAUGGAAAACGGAAAAAAAGCCAGCCACAACAUUUUACCUAUCACCCAGGUAAUUAUUUAUGAAAAGGAAUGGAAUAUGGCACAAUAUUUGGCAAUUAAAUAUUAUUUAUCUUUUAUCUAUCUAUCAUCUAUCUAUCGAUCCUGCUGAACCAGAAUUAUCAAGCAUUCUGAGAUGCUAUCUUUUAGCCAGCAUUACAGUUAACACAGCUCAAACCAUCUCUGAAUCAAUGAAUUCUAAAUGCAACAUCCUAGGCUACAAAUAAAGCUGUACAAUAAAUCCCUACAGCUUCUUUCUUCACACCUACAUGGUUCUAGACUUACACAUUUUAACACAGAGAGCAGUUUUCAUGGCCAGCACCAAUUUAUUUUAAAACAUGCAUAUCACUUUAUUUUAUUAUUUCAAAAGUUUGUAUACAGCUUAAUCAUGGUUAUCUUCAAGUAGUGUACAGAAGAAGAGAUUCAGAAUUAAAUAUAUUUCGUUGAAUGCUGCCCUAUAUCUCGCACAAGGGAACUUUUCCUCUUCUUCUCCCCCUGUACAUGCCCCCACAUCUGUCCCCGACCUGUUCUGGAGGGUUGGGGAACCUCAGAACAGAUUUAGGGCACAUGUGGGGGGAGAAAAGAGGGAAAACAUUCUGUUGCCCAAGGAGAAUUCUUCAGAAUUCCACUUUUUCUAGGCUGGGUAUAUAGAUGGCCAUGGUGCGGAAGUGAAAUAUAACAAAUUCUCCAAUUUUACAGCUAGGGAACUGUCACUAAGAUGGUGGCUUGUCCAAGAGCACUCAGUGAAUUUCUGGCUGGCCAGGUUCAAUGCAGUCUCCAUCAGGCUACACUGUGGGGCUCAGGUCUGUGCAGUUUUUGGAAUGAACUAGUGUGAUUUAAUGAAGUUCAGCAGAUUAGUUCAGAAGUCUCUGAACUACACCAUAAAGUAGUUCCCACGAUUGUCAGGGGAACUUAACAUGAAUUAAGUCCAUUUUGCGGUAGAACGUUGAGCAAUUUCUAGUUCUGGUUCAUUCUCCUACCGGUGUUUUUGACUCUUUGUCUCUUUGUGUCUUUAAGCUUCAAAAUUGUAAUUGUUGGGAGGAAUAAAUUAAGCAAUUCACAUUCUACAGUUUUGAUGUUUUCUUAGCCUCCUUAAAUAUACUGUAUACUUCUGCACAGCAACUUGUAACAUUCUGAAUACUGAAUAUUUUCUGCCAAGGAUCCUUUGGUGAACUUGAAUUGAACUGUGAACUGUAUAAAGAGACAAAUGUGAACUGGAAAUGUUGAAUGCUGGGAUAGCUCAGUCAGAAGAGCAUGAGAAUCUUAAUUUGAGGGUUGUGGGUUUGAGCCCCACGUUGGGCAAAGGAUUCCUGCAUUCCAGGGGCUUGGACUAAAGGACCCUUGUUGAUGCCCUCUAAUGCUACAAUUCUAUUAUUCUAUGAACCUGCGAGUCCAUGAAAUAGAUAUACUUCCUUUUUAAAAUGAACUUUCCAAGCUAUGGGUCUGUGAUGGCCCAUUCACACAUUCAAGCCAUCGCUUGGUGUUGCAGCAGCAGACAAGUGCUAACAUGAAUAUGUGAACCAGAGCUAAGACUGGGAGAAAAUGUGCAGUGUGUUGGUUGUUAGUACUCAUUCUUCUCUCUCCUCUUAACCGUUUCCUAGACGUUUGUUUAGAGCUAUGUCCUUUGUGCCCUUUGUUCCAGUGCCUUCCAUAAAAACAGAGCCCAUUGAUGACUAUGAUCCAGCUUUAAUCUGCAACACAGUACACAGUGGUCUAGGAACAGUAACACAGCCUUAUUAUUCCCACCAUACAAUGGUCUCUGAGUCUCCUUCCUGUCUUGUGGCCACGAUGGCUUCUUGCCAGCAGUUGCGUUCCAGCCUGUCUUCUCCUGAAUCUCGAUAUCCUCAACAAACCCCAGGGGCUGUAAUAUACCAAAGAAGCAAGAGUCUCAGUCCUAGCCACCUGGGCUACCAGCAAUCCAGCUUGAUGGCCGCACAAGUUUCCAUUCCAGAUGUGCACAGGUCUGUGCUGGUGCACACAGGCUCUCCCAGCCAAAGUGCAGCAGUGCUCCACCAUUCUCCAGCCAAUCAGCAGUCUUCCCCCGUGAUUCACUGCUCUCCCACCACCAAUCAGCAGCUGAGGUGUGAAAGCCAUCAAGAAUUCCAGCACAUCAUGUGUAGUGAAAAUUUCACAUCUAGCGGAGUGAGAUCCAGCCAACCUCAGGUCAGCCAAGCACAAAGGUUAAGCCCAAUUUCGUACCCUACCGUGAUUCAGCAGCAGAGAACAGCCAAAAAUGGACCGCCAGUAAGCGAUCAGAAGGAAGCAGUGCCAGCUGGAGUCACGGUUAAACAGGAACAGAAUCUUGACCAAGCGUAUUUGGAUGAUGGUAAGCACGCUAAUUUAAACAUACCCUGUUUAUCCAGUCUGCACCUCUGUAUGAAAGUGGUGUGAUGACCAUUUUUGUAGGGUUCAACUCUAUGGUUUGGAAAGUGUGUGUGUGUGUGUGUGUGUGUGUGUGUGUGUGUGUGUUUCAAUACAAAAUCUUUCAUUUAUUGAAUUUUAAAAGCUGGCAGUGUUCUUUAAGGUCUGGAAAUUUGUUUAAUUCUCUUUGGAAAACAUUUGCAUUAGCAUCAGAUGCUUUAAAUUUAUGAGGCAUAUUUUUUGCAGUUUCACAAACAAAUCUUUGAGCUGGAAUUCAGAAAUGUACACUUAACACCUGAAUUUGUGCAGAUGCUGCUUCUCUAAAAUUCUUUUGUAGUGUGCUGCACCCAAAAUGUUUUAUAUCAUUCUAUGAAGUUUGCAGCAGGCCUGCAGGUUUUAUAUAGAGGUACCUGAGUAUGUAGAUUACCGAAAAUGUUGCUUUCUUCUUGUGAAUUCAGAGGUUUCUGCUUUUGCAACCAAUAAGAAAAGCUGUAGCAAGUUUUGGUUUGACUGCAUCCCAUGUUGUUUGCUUCAUCAAUAGGUCAAUUAAUUGUUUUAAGUUGUAACACACUUUCCUGUUGUGUUGUACAAAGCUGGGAUGGGGAAAAUUGCUUAGAAUUCCACCCCUGUUCAUUUCCAUUUCAGAACUCCUGGCUAUUUUGCAAGACAACAGCCAGGCUCUUAAUUUAAAAUAUACUAGUGUCUUUCAUUAUAAUGGGAGCACCUCACUAUGGCAUCCACAUUUAAACAGAGACGAGUCACCCUGUGUGAUGGGUGGAAAACAAGACUUUGCCUUCUGCCACACAACAGUGUUCACAACGCAGGGUUUUACUUUCUCCAAUAUCAAUGAAUGACACUGAAAACCAUUCGUUUAUGCAAGAGGAAGCAGUGAUGUGAGGAGCAACCUCAUUGGACUAAACAUGCCCUAUAUCUCUCAAACUGUUAAAUUCCAUAGAAUUUAAUGAGAGCCAUUCAAGACCCAACUCACUGGUCCCAGUUUUAAAAUGCACACCCUAGCAGGAAUUUCCCAAAUAACUUGGCAAUUUCGUUGCUGUUGUUUUUGAUUUUCCUUCCUAUGUGAGCUUUUGCUGAGAGGCUGGUCAACCUGGGGCCCUCUGCAUGUUGUAGAACUACAACUCCCAUCAGCCCUAGCUAGCAGGUUCAUUUAUCAGUCUCGUUCUAGUGGCUAGGAACUGGGUGAGGUAACUUGCUACUGUACCAUACAUGGGGGCCUGUGACUAUUUCACUGAAAAGAAGAGGGCCACUCAUAGCUCAAAGCCAUUCAGGAGGCUUGGCACUUCUGAACAUUUUAGGGUUUAUCCACACUUCGGUUUUCCUAGGCAUGAGACAAGCAGAAGUGUGGACUAACCCUUACUUCGGUUGCUGUGAACAGAGUUGGAUUUAGGGGAGGGUGACCGGUUCGCCUGCACUGGGGGCACCACAACAAUGAUAAACAAUGGAGGUGGGGACCACCAAAUUUUGACAAUGCACAGGGUGCUGCUGGAAUUUUAAAGCUCAAAGUUUGCCACUGCUGUGGAUACAUCCUGAAUUGCAUAUAGUUUGGGAUACUGGCAGUCGUGUUAGUAUGAAAUGGUUUCCCUACCAUAGGGAAAAGGAAAAGCACAACUAAUGAAACACAUACCAGAGAUACCGACUAGGGAGUGAAGUAUCAAUAGCCGUCCUAUCUAAUCUUUCCAAUGAAAAAUUAGCACUGCAAGCCAUAAUCCUAUUUAUUUUUUCUGAGCCGCUGUCCACUCUUUCCCCCUCUCAUCCCCACAAUGAACUUUGGGUCUUCAUCUUACUUUGUUCUGUGUCCAGUUUUCUAACAGCCAGGAUUCCUUUCAUAUCUCAUUCUCCUUGAGAGAUUUUUCAUUUGCUUGUUUUGUUUUUAACCAUACACACACACCCCUCUCCUUGAAGCGCUGCCCUCGUUGUGCUGCUACAAUUUUGAAUUUAUUUAAAUCUGUAUUCAUUUAUUAAAAUAAUGCAUAGGCUGCUUUGCACCCAAGGAUCCUGAUUCAGCUUACAGAAGAACAUUCCUGCACUUAGGGUGCUAUCCGCCUAAUCCUGCAUUUGAUUUAGUCCAGGGCCACUAAUUGCACAAAGUAAUUUAAGGAUUCAAUAUGUUGGUUGAGCUGCAACAGUGCAUGACCCCUGUUCUUUCCUCCUGGUUUCUCCAUUUUUCUGCAAGUUGUCCUUGCAUUGCAUAUUGUUACUUCUCCUUUUUUAUUCUUAGAAAGUGGAAAUGAAGUUGCUCAAAGCUGGCUCUUGGAAGGCAAUGAAAGCACCCAGGGUGAACUGAAGGAUGUUCUAGGACAGUAA